CAUUGUUGUGCUGCCAUGGCCUAUGACCAGGAAAAGAAAAUUACGGUAAGUAGGAAUAAAUUUCCCUUUAUAUACUAUACAUUUUAUAUAUUUAUAUACUAUACAUUAAUAUACUAUACAUUAAUAUACUAUAUAUUAUAAAUUUUUAUAUAUUUAUAUACUAUACAUUAAUAUACUAUACAUUAAUAUACUAUAUACUAUACAUUUAUAUACUAUAUACUAUACAUUUUAUAUAUUUAUAUACUAUACAUUUUAUACAUUUAUAUACUAUACAUUAAUAUACUGUACAUUGAUAUAUUAUAUACUAUACAUUUUAUAUAUUUAUAUACUGUACAUUUUUACUUUUUAAAUGUUUGUUCUUCAACAUAACCAUCUGAAUUACUUAUUUUAUUGAUUUUUUUUUUUUUUUUGCUGAUGUGUACGGCCUGUUAGACUGUCCUCACAUUUCCUGUGUUAAUGCUGGGCCUUAACACCCUGACCACAAAUUCACUCGUUUAUUUUCUGCAUUAUUGAAGUCGUCUUUACAUAUUAUAUUUAUAUAUAUAUAUAUAUAUAUAUAUAGAGAGAGAGAGAGAGAGAGAGAGAGAGAGAGAGAGUAUAGCUGUUUAUUAAAUAAAUGCAGAAUUAAAUUGGGACGCACUGCUCUAGCUACUCGUAGAUACUGCCUGAUGUACUACAUGGGAGAAUUGUUCUUAUUCCCAAUACAGAGUUUUCACUGUAAAAGUUAUGAUGUGUCAUUGCUUUGAGUGGCCCAGGAAGUUACAUGUGGCUUUUGCUAAAAUUGUUGUUGCUGUUGUAUUGUCCCUUUCUUUUACAUUCGUUAUUUUACAAUGUAAUUUUACCUUCUACUAUCUGCUAUCACCAUAAAUGAUGCCCCUUUUCUUUUAAGGACCUAUUGGGAGAGGAGCUUGGGGGUCUCCUCCGCUCCUGUCCCGGAAUAUUGGGAGCUACAUAGUAUCUGCUUUCCUGGAUUGUAACUCCUGUCUUUAGUCUCGUAGUCUAUGACAAUGUUUGCAAACCCCAACGAUGGCAUUAUAACCCCAUGUACAUAACUCAUAUCACACACAGAUGGUGCGUACAAAGUAAUUUCUUCCCAAAGAUAGUUCAACGCCUCUUGUGUGUAUUUUGUUUUUUUUUAGGUACCUUAAAUGAUGGAAGGAUUCUUAAACACUUUACCCGCAAGCGUCAGAGGGCCAUGAGGAGGAGGGUGCACCAAGUGAAUGGACACAAGUUUAUGGCAACCUAUCUCCGUCAACCUACAUACUGCUCUCACUGCAAAGAUUUCAUCUGGUAAGGGGUUUUAUCAUUUAUCUGAUUUAUUCUCCUAAUGUUGUUUAGGAUAAAACAUGAUUACUGAGGUUCCUGAGUGACUAUCGUCAAUAAGAUUCUAAUAACGGAGACUUGAGUAUAUUGUUAUAAUAACUUACAAUACCCCACAAGCUGUGUUUGUGACCGUUUAUAAAAGCUCACGAAAAUGUUCUUACUGAGACCUUAAACCCACAACAAACACAAGACACACUGAAAAUCAUGGUAUGUCAAUUGUUUCCAUAGCUAGAUCCUCUGUUACAAUGUAAAAAUAAGGCUGCUUUCUGAGCUACUUUUGAGAGAGUGAGUAUGUAUAAACUAGCAUUUUUUUAUUCUUUUACAGCAUGUUCUUAAAAAUUUAAAAAGUCUCUCGGCUAUAUAGCACCAUCUAAUUCAUACAUUAAUAUUGCAUGGUAUGGUGCAUAAACUGGAAAAUGAGAAAAUGUAUCCUCUAAAAUAUAUUAAAGGAACACUAAAGCACCAUAACAACUUUAUCUUAAUAAGGGGUUUUGGUGUAUAGAUCAUGCCCCUGCAGUCUAAUGCUCAAUUCUCUGCCAUUUAGGAGUUAAAUUACUUUGUUUAUGCAGCCCUAGUCACACCUCGCAGCAUGUGAGCCACUCAGUCUCCCUACACACUUCCUGUAAAGAGAGAUCUAAUGUUUAAACUUUAUCUAUUGCACAUUCUGUUUAAUUUAUCCUUUCUCAUCUCCUGCUCUGUUAAUAGCUUGCUAGACCCUGCAGAAGCCUCCUGUGUGUGAUUAAAGUUCAAUUAAUAGAUCGGUAGAUAAAAACUUCUAAAGUAAACAUGCUGUGCUAUCACACCUUGAAAAUGAAAUGGUUUUUUUUUCAGUCUCAGCCAGGGGAGGUGUGGCCAGAGAGGCAUAAAUGGCAGAGAAUUGAGCAGUGAGACUGCAAGGCAUGAUAUAUACACCAAAACCUCUUCCUUAAGCAAACGUUCUUUUGAUGACUAGAGUGUCCCUUUAAUGUAAUAUUUAUUAAACCACUGUAUAUUUUGAAGUAUAAGGACUAGACUAAGUCUUAACAUACGUAAAGAAAGUCCAUGUGUUUUGAAAUUUUGUUUUGGACACUUCUCAUUCUUACAACCUGAUGUAACAGCGAUGUUAUGUUUAGAACAUUUUUACCUGUAUGCUGAAGGCAAGGUGUUUUGCACUUUUAUUUUUUAUAAGCGUAUUUCCCGGUAAAUGCCACUAUCAGUUUUGCCAGGUUUGUGAAUGUAAGUUCACUAGAAAAACAAAGUUCUAAUUAUGCAGAAUAACAUUUCCGUGUUAAGUUCCCUUUUAUUUAGAAUCAAAUAAAUGUAAAUCCUUGUUAUGUAAAGAUGUACCUGUAACUCUCUUGCUGAUCUACAGUGUCUUUAUAACUUGUUUUUGUGUGUUUAUAACAGGGGAGUAUUUGGCAAGCAAGGAUAUCAAUGCCAAGGUAAUAUGGAAGAGCCUGUAUACACUUAUGUUUGGUUGUUGGAUGUGCCUUAUAGUAAAAUUAUACUGCACGCUGGUUUCAGGACAAAAAAAGUAGACUUAUGGUAUUCAUAGCAAUAACAAAUUGUGGUGGUGAUCCACAUAUCUUCAACACCUUUAUUUUACUCGUUACACAAAUCACUGUAUAGGAUUAGAGCUGGCCAAUUGAUACAACUUUCUGCCUGAAGAGAGUACUUCCAGCCGGCCCAUCCACACCAAGUAAAAAUCCAUUCUAAUUGUGGAAUUUGGUGUUGAAGAGAGCAGCCAUCAAAUUAACUAAAAUAAUAAAUACACGUUCAGCCACUGUGGGAACUACGCUGAAUACUUUGUCAGCAUGGGACCCUGGUCUUUGUCAAAUUUGACAGCGGUAUUCAUCUCCCAAAUUAAUUUUUGCCACCAAAUAGAUUUUAAAGUAUGUGAAUUAUCUUUUGUCACACUUUAAAUAGAAAUUACUGUACUUUUUUUUUUUUUUUUUUGUGUGACUAUUAUUACCCAUGAAAGCAUUGCGUACUUUCACAAUAAACAUAAAGUAAAUUAUCGUAAAUGUAGCACUAUGGCCCACACUCUCAACUGAUUCAUUGGCUAAAUUAAUCGAUACGAAAACUACCCUUUUUACUACUUUCUAUCUUAAUGGAACUCCUUUUGUUGAUGUCAAAGGGACUACAGGCAAAGUUGAUCGUGCUGGGAAAAGAACUUGAACCCAGAGGUUUGAACAAUUUCCGUGAUGGAUAUAUGGACCAGCUGUACUGUUUUUUGUGUUUUCUACAUUUAUAACCAUGUUUAGAUCUCAAAUUGCUUGCUUUGCUUGUCUCGGUGUGACCUUUUUUAUUUUUCCAUUCUAAGUAAAAUCACAGAAAAAAACAUUCUACCGCUUUAUGGUAAACAAUAGACUAGAUACCUUUUUUGCCAGUUGAAGAGGUAAAAACUAAGGACAAAUGAAGGUCAAGGUGUAUUGAAAAUAGCAUGUGGUGACCUUAUUAAAUUACCAAAUAAAUUAGUAAAACAGUACAAAUGCUACAGAGCAUCACAGCAUUACCGUGUACCACACACCAUAUUUUGGUUCUUCCUUUAAUAGAAAUUUUUUGUUUGUUUGUUUUUGCUAGCACAAAUCCAUUUUUUAGUUUUUUUUCUGUUUGUUUGUUUUUCAAGCCCCCUAUAAAGAGAUAUGCAGUAUGGUAGCUGUACUGCGGUAAUUGCCAUAUAUAACACUGGCGUGUUGUUUGUGUCUCAUGUUAAAAUUGCGAUAAUUGAAUUUAUUUAUGUGAGUAAUGUACAAACUUGCCGUGUGUUUUACUCUGCAGUUUGCACGUGUGUUGUCCACAAGCGUUGCCACCAGUUGAUCGUCACAGCUUGCACUUGCAGGAACAACAACACAGACAAAGUGGAAACAAAGGUGACGUAUAGUGGUUAACGUUGCAGCCUUCUGUGGUUUUUGCAUUCGCUUUUUUUUUUUUCUUUAUUCAAAUCUCCUCCAAAACCGCAUCCUGCUUUUUAUGUUCAUUCUUACUAUUGUCAAGAAAUGUCUCUCUGUCUUCAUAUGUGAAUCAAAGCAUAGUGGUUCUCUGAGCCACCUUCUUUCCAUUUGUCAUUAUUUGGCCAUCGUGAACAGCUCAGCCACAUUAGUCCAUCUUUAUAUGUCCGUCCAGGUUAAUUUAGUGACCAUUACGCAGUGGUGCUAGUGGCAGGUACAGGUGUUAGGCUGCAUUAACAUUUGCCAACAACUCUGUUUCUGACAGUCUCUACAACAAGGGUAGCUAAAAGGUCGAUCCCAAGUUAUACUGCCCCUGCCAAAGAUAAGAAUGACCAGAUUUUUUUGGGCUACAUUCAACUUACCUCCGCUGUCUGUCUGCCAACAGGGGACCAUGCCUCCUUGAGGCUCAACCCUCUAAAGCCUGGCUGGCCCAGCUGUUAUUAGUGACACGUUGUGCCUGAGCAGGUUUACGUGAACUUAGUCUUUAAAAUAUGAAUCUUUCUUCUAGGAUUUAUGUUAAAUAAAACAUACUUAUUCAUUGAAGUUUUGCCUACCAGACUUACAUCAGGGCCAGUUUAUGAACUAACGGCAACCCUUGCUGUAUGAACGGUAGUGUUUAAUGUGGCUGUUGCGCCAUCCCUUGUGGUCUAGCCACUAAUUAACAAUGUGUUUGCUAAUGCCUGUCUUGCUUCGUGCCAAUAUGAGUUCACAGAAAUGCAUUAGUAUAUGUCGUUCACCGGUGUCCUCUGAAUGACAAAGACAUGAUCGCACACCUUUAUUAAUAGAUAUUAGAUAUAUUUGUGCUACUUAGCAAGAUAGGCCAGGAGAUAGGUGGCACCACCUUGCAGCUACCCAACUCCAAAUGGACACAAUUAUUUCAAUUUUAAAUAUAUUUUCUGUUUGUUUUGUUUUAAAUCUAUUUCCCCAGUACUUUUGUUUCUAGAAAUGUAUUUAAAGAUAUUGGGUGCUUUCAUUGCAGAUAGGCUGGGUCCCUGCGCCCCUACCACCUUGAUUAAAACGCUUUUGUAUAUGGCAUAGCUGCAACCUCCCCCUCCCUCCUCCUUUCCACUCACACACUAGUGCGGGUGUUUUUGGAUUGAAGUAUGUGAAAAUCAUUUGCUUCAAAUUAUGCAUGUGUGCACAGACUCGUGGGAGCAUGAUCCCUGACUUCUCAAGUCGUUGGGCGUGCCUAGUGGCCGGUAAUACCUGCUAAUGUCAGCGCAGCAAUCUCAGCAGUACUACUGACUGGUGUAAAUAAAAGGAAAUAUCCAGAACACAAGUUCUCUUUACCUUUAAAAAAAAAAAAAAAAAUGCGUUGAAAUCAUUACAAAAUACUCACAUUGACUGUUAUAAUUACACUGAAAUUCCAAUUCAGUCAAAAGUUAUCAUAAGACAAACUAGGGACUAUUCAAUUUUAUAAAUUUUUCUAAAUCUUGACAAAAUGCAGAGCUUUUGCAGUCAAGUUUUGUCAGUUCCCCCAGCUGUCACUAUUGGCGACUGUGAAAAAGGCGUAUUGCUGAUGGCUAGACAAUGUCUGUGUAGGCUCCCGUGGUCUCGCUGACAUAAGUUGGGGUGUUACCAGAAGAUUCAGACUGUACCCUCGAACUUUAAUGUUAAUUUUUUCUUCUGUAAUCCUCCCUGUGUUCAUUUGCAUCAGUAAAGCAUUGUGGGCCCUGUGAAUAGUUACAGGUGGUAAUCUUACCUUACGUCCUCGGGUUCUAAGUCUCACUUUACAUUGUAUGGAUUCAUCUCAUCAUAGCCUGCAGCUUAUUCCAAACUGAAUACUUUAUUAUUUCACCAAGACCUCGCAUGUCAAUCAACAGCUACUGGACGUCACCAUAAGCUUAGAGAAAGGUUAUUGGGUGCUUUUCAAUGUGCCUCUUCUACGUCCAUGGUGUUGGGAAGCUGAAUUAUAGGUGCAUCAUGUCAGUUUUGCCGGCAAUUUCAAACGUCUUAGUUCAGGGUUGCCUUUGAGGUUAUCAGAGCAUCACAGGAGUUCCACAACAACUGGAGAUUUACAAUUUGACCACCCCAGAUGAUUACUGUGAAUGCUCUCCUACCUAUAUGCAUAGCUUUAGCCAUUGUUGGCUUAAAGAUCAGAAGAUCUUCUUCUUCCUUAAAGAUUGGGUUAGUAAUGUGUCAGAAAAAGUAGCAAACUUUACUGAAUAGCGACAAUAACGUUUGCUAUAAAAAAAAAACAAAAAAACAAAAAGCUGUUCACUAAAAAUAUAGGCAAAUUAGAAAUAAUAUACUUUAAUAUAUACAUAAAAAAUGUUUUUUGUUUUAUUUUCAAUAAAUGCUUAUUAAAUUUCUUCUUUUCUGUUAUUAGAUAUAUGAACAGAGGUUUGGGAUCAACUUGCCGCACAAUUUCCGAUUCCACAACUAUAAAGUACCGACGUUUUGUGACCACUGUGGCUCUCUACUUUGGGGACUGCUGAAGCAGGGCCUGCAGUGUAAAAGUAAGAUAUAUUUAAUGAUAUAACCAGGUAACCAGAAAAUGUGAACACUUUUAAAUAGUGGGGAGAGUUUUUUUGGAAAAGGAUUUUUCUUUCAAUCCCUGUAUAGGCUACAUAGAUUGCUUACCAAAAAUGGGAACAUUUUCUGGUCUGCAAAAUUGGAACAUUUUGUUUUUUUGUCUUGAAGAAGAAAGGAUUCUAAAACAAAUACUCUGCUUUAUAAUCUCUGUUCUUGAGCAGGCCUCUUGCGUAGGCUGUGGGUUUUCCACAUUUUAAGUGAAAUAUACUUCAGUUCAAUACUUAAAGGACCACUCUAGGCACCCAGACCACUUCAGCUUAAUGAAGUGGUCCGGGUGCCAGGUCCAGCUAGGGUUAACCCAUUUUUUAAUAAACAUAGCAGUUUCAGAGAAACUGCUAUGUUUAUUAAUGGGUUAAGCCUUCCCCCAAAGCCUCUAGUGGCUGUCUCAUUGACAGCCACUAGAGGCGCUUGCGUGCUUCUCAAUGUGAUUUUCACAGUGAGAGCACGCAAGCGUCCAUAGGAAAGCAUUGUAAAUGCUUUCCUAUGCGACCGGCUGAAUGCGCGCGCAGCUCUUGCCGCGCGUGCGCAUUCAGCCAACGGGGCGGAACGGAGGAGGAGAGAAGGAGGAGAGCUCUCCGCCCAGUGCUGGAAAAAGGUAAGUUUAAACCCCUUUCCCCUUUCCAGAGCCGGGUGGGAGGGGGACCCUGAGGGUGGGGGCACCCUCAGGGCACUAUAGUGCCAGGGAAACGAGUAUGUUUUCCUGGCACUAUAGUGGUCCUUUAACUUUUCCUGAAGGUCUGCACAGGCAUUUUCAAUAUUGCUUCAAAAAAGACAGGAACCGCACUCUUCUAUACCCAAAUCACAAGGUGGGAUCCAUCCUCUAUAGAAACAGCAAAGAUGUUCCUGUCACUCUGGGGUUAAUGAAUAUGCAGUUUUAAUGGAAUACUGUGUACUCUUGUUCUUGUUCAAUACAGGAUAUUCAAUUAACACUGUCUGUUGAUUAACCUCUGAGUGCCUGGACCAUCUCUGCUGUUUCUUCACACCAAUUUUCUUGAAUCUGUAGGUUUGAGCAACUUUUAUUUUUAUAUCCUAUUUUUAUAAUUCACUUCUUUCUGUUUCAUAUCCUUGUUUGUGCAACGUUCUGCGAGUUGCUGGUAGAUUUUUCAGCUACGAGAGAAAUUUAAAUGGCCAAGAAGAGAAAUGUUUCAUAAAAUUCUAUCCACUGUGUGAAAUUCAAAAGGGAACAUAUUACUAAUAUUGUAUUUCCGCCUUGGAUUAGUAUAAUACAUUUAAUUUUUGUAUUACUUUUAUCUAUUUUAUGUGACGUGGUUCUUUUGUAGUCCCUACUGGUGAGGCUAGUGAUGGCUAACACUGACAUUGCAGAAUUUUGCUAGUUUUACGGUGAUGCUAAGUGAACCUUUACACAUGCCGAGGAUCAUGGGAAAUGUAGUUCAGUAAUUUACACUACCUGGGUUGCCUUUAACUUUAACGUUUUUCGAGUUUUAAAGAUAGAAAUGUGUGUAUGGGAGAGAAAUCGGCUCCUUUGAUAUUUUAUGUUCAAUUUAACUUGUUUUAGAGAAAAUAUUUGUUUUUACUUUCUACCCCUUAGUAUGCAAAUUGAAUGUACACAAACGGUGUGAAGCAAGCGUGGCAAACAACUGUGGCGUGAAUUCCGUGGAACUGGCAAAUGCUUUGGCUGGAAUGGGUCUUCAACCAGGGAAUAUCGCUUUCAAACAGGUAUCGUGUUACCUUUUUCCUACGAGUUUAAUCAGACCUGAAGACUUGUACGAAUUUUUCACACGGCAUCCGCGAGCUCGGAGUCUGACAUCUACAGACACAUUCUCCAUGAACAUGAGUGUGCCCAGCAAUUUCUGCAGCAGUUUCAAACACACGCAUAUGCCAUACAUACAGCACAGAAAGGGUUAACUAAAGCUCACAAGCAUUUAAAUGAAAAAAGAAAAACAAAACAUAAAUUUCUGUCCUCGAGCAGUAUAUAAGUGUCUGUAACUGACUGGGGAUGCAGUUUAAUUUGGUAAUCUAAUGAAUGUGCAAGAAAAUUAAUAUUAUCUAGUAAUGCUGUUUGAAGAUGCUCAAAGCCAUUCUGUUAAUCAAACACAGACACGGACAUCUAAGGCUUAUCUGACCAUUUAAGGAAUCAAAGCAAGAGGAUAGGGUUUUAGAGUUGCAUAGAUCACUGCAUCACAAGCACCCGUGCCAUAUAUAGCGUAUGAAAUAAAGGGCUUUAUUCACGCAACACCAACUUUGUUGAAUUGCAAAAUUUAGGACAAAAACAAUUGAUUUAGACAAAUUCUCCAAAUAAACUUACUUAUGUUGGCUUAAAGGGACAAAAAAAAAAAUGAAAUCACUAUUUUAGUAGAUCUACUCCCAAUGAAAACAUUUAAUUGGGGGUAAAUCUAAAAAUCUGCUUGCAAAACCUGCAGAUAUCAUUUUUGUGACCUUUGCAAGCCCUCCCCUUCAAACCCUGCCCAGACUUUCUGUGUCUGUCCAAUCAUAGACUUCCCAAUGCAGCUCAAUUAGAAAUCUUUGCAAGGCAGGUGCUCUGAGCAAUUGCUGCCUCUUAAAUACAUCUCCACUGAGGUAACCAAACCAGGGAGUAACAGGACCGUUAUCUGAUCGACAGCCAGGGGGUGUAACAAGGUUCAUUUAUAAAAGUGUGAAAUUCUUUUGAAAUCAGCACUAUUUGUAAAUUGAACAUAAAUUUAUUCAAACAUAAAGCAUUUCAAUAGCUGAAGAGUUUGGAGGGCCUGCAGUGUCCCUUUAAAGUUUGCAAUUUGAUUCUCAAUUUGCUACUUUUUUAUAUUAAGUGAAACAAAACAUAGUAUUGAUUUAGAGUUUGCAUUAACGUGUACUAGGAGAAUUUAACAUUCGGAUGGCCUAUUGAGGGGAAAUGGAGCAGCAGGAAGAGACAUCAUGACUAACCUGAGCCAGUACCCAGAACCAAGUUAAAGCAGAAUUUGACGAAUGGAUCACUAAAUGUGGAACUAUUUAAUAUAUAUUAGGAAGUGUGUGAAAAUGAAGCUCGUUUCCUGAAUAACCCAUAGAAAGGAUGUACAGUCAUAAUGUCUGCACACGAUCACUGAUCUCUUCCUGAUGUACUAUAAUUAUACACCUACAACUGCCCACAUUUGAUUUUCACUUUUGCUCUGUACUACUUUAAAAGUCACCGUUUCACUUAAUGUAUUGCUCCAUCGUAACAUUAAGCACCGCAGUACCCAUGAUGGAUUUGUUGACAUUAGAUCUGACCUAGCAGAGAGAGAAAAAUAUGCAAGUUAAAAAGAAAUAAAUAAAAAAUCACUCCUGAAUUAACUAUCAAUCAUUUUUAAUAUUUUUAUUUUUUUAUUUUGUAACUUUCCUGCGGUAUUCCAGUAUACAAUAUUAUGUCCUCAACCUUUCUGAGUGACUGACUACUCUGUGCGUAGGAUUUUGUUUGUUUGUGUUUUGGCUUGUGCGUUAUUUAUUUAUUUAUUUCAUAUUGGUUCAUCAGUCAGUAUGUAAUGUGUAUCUGACUUGAUAGAAGAAACAAAAAUGUUUAGUGGAUUUUUAAAAAACACUCCAGUAUUCUUUCCGUGGUUGCAUGUAAUGUGCCAUUUACCCUCGCUAUAAUAGAUCUAAGUAAAUCUACCUGCAUCAUUCGAAGAGAUCUCACACGGCGCUCUUGUCCAUGAUUAUUUUCAUAGAUUACGAAUAGUGGAAGCGUUAAUGAGUAACUUGAAAACACCGUUACAGAGUACAUAAGCCAUCGAGACACUAUGCAAAUGUAAACCCAACCAAGUGUGCAUGGCAUUUUAAAUAACGUACAAUGUGAACUUCCUUUCCAAAUGAACCACCACAAAGCAAAAAAGAGAAUCCCAGAAGUGAUCCCAAAAACCAGAUAAAAGUACUGUGCCAUAUAUUGAAACCCACAAAAUGAAAAUUCACUUCUUUCUCAUCUUGUACAUAAUGAAAAUAACACGUAACAGAGCGUUAAAAGCCCAGCAUCAUACAAACAUAGUUUACAUAGUCUAUAAAACUCUUACUUAAAAUAAAGAAAUUUACAAACAUGCAAUAAAGGAUUUCAGACCUCCUUCUGCAUUGUUCCUUGCUGGUAAACUGUAGAAAUAGUUGAAGUGUUUUGCUUGUUCUAUCCUUUUUAAGGUCCAUUUUUUACUCUGUUUGUCCACUAGAUGGCACUCAAUGUAUUGUUGUUUAUAGAGAAGAACAAACUCUCCUAUACACAUAUGAGUCCAUUACAAAAAUACUCCAUUAACUAUAACUACAUUAUACUCAAUGUAAGAAUAUUGCUGUGGAUUAUAGUUGUUCACAGAAAAAGCUAACAUGUUGCUAAUGUUUCCUAAAAGCAUUUUGACACAAGUUCUGUGACUGGCAACCAAUCCAGUGAUGAAGACACGUACUCAAACUGUUCUCAGCACAAAUUUGGGAUUGAGGACUUCGAGUUUAUUCGAGUGCUGGGGAAAGGCAGUUUUGGAAAGGUUAGUAUGUUCAUAACUUUCCCGACACAUUGCCGAAUCCCUGAUUGAUGUGUGUUGCUGUUAGUCUAUCUAAGGGUCCAAGAUGUGUUUUUUGAACAUUCACUAUAAUGUCAAAAUGAGAAUAAAAAGAUAAUUACGCUAUAAAAGCUUUGGGUUAGAACCACUGAGAGUCUGAGGUCGGUGUUACUGUAUGCUGGUGUGGUGGCUAUUUUACAGUAUGUACUGGAACAAAAUUAGAGGGUGGUUGCUAAAAUUAAGAACGAUUAAAAUUAAGAAGGAAAUGGAUAGAGAAGGAGAGGAAGAAGGAGGUAAGGCUUGGCCAGACAGAAGUGUCGGAGGUGAAACCAUGAUCAGUAGCUGUGACAAUAAAGGCUAAACUUCCGUUAAAAGUAAUUAAGGGAUAUGAAAAUGGGAUUGUGGUUUUAAAAGCACAGGAAGCCAUUGUUGGGGGAGGACAGAUAUCGAGCUGAUUUUGCUUGUCCUUGUUCCUUACUCACUAUGUGACAACCCCUUCCCAUCUACUACCAGUUUACCAAUUUGUUUGAGUUCCAGCCUUUUUAUUUUGGGUGGAGGGGAUAUUGUCACCUUUUAAAAAAAAAAUGUGUCUGAAUUAAUGUAGAGCAGUAGAAGAAAUUGGCAGAUGGGUUGCAAAAGGGAUGACUGAUGCCUGUAUAUGUGCUUUGCAUUAGGAACCAUAUGUGUGCUAAUGGGAUUUUUGAUAUUUUGAUGAGAUUAAUUCUACGUAAGCGGAGAGAUGUUUGCAGAAUGGAUGGAAUGCUGUGUAAUUCUUCCAAAGCAGCUGUUAAUAUAAAGAGUAGAAUAAAAAUAAAGCAUGAUUGGUGUAUGUGUAAACAUGGUCGACACACUGGGCCAGUGAUCACAACCAGCAGUCCAGAUUUUCUCAGGAUCCUCAAUGGAAAAGAAUUUUGAAAUCAUUGAUUCUUGUGCUUUGAGGACUAAGGUGGGAUCUCCUGCCGUAGGCUGGGAUUGGCAACCUUUGACACUCCUUAUGUUGUGAACUACAUCUCCCAUAAUGCUCUUCCAGACAUAAUGCUGGCAAAGCAUCCGGAGAGAUGUAGUCGUUAACAUCUUGAAUGUCAAUGGUUGCUUGCUGUAACUUUUGGUGAGUUUGCGCAUGCAUGGCAAUGUACUAUUAAAUGGAGUUGCAUUGCUGUUUAGCUGAUAUGCUCGCAAAGAACAAUUGUUCUCAUUGACUCACAAUGAGGACCAAGCAAGGAGGAAGAGCAGAUUGGUUCUGAAAAAAAACCCUCAUUAACUUUGUAAUUUCUUAUAGGUCAUGCUUGCUAGAUCCAAAGAGUUGGACAAUCUCUAUGCAGUGAAGGUGUUAAAGAAGGAUGUGAUUCUCCAGGAUGACGAUGUGGAGUGUACGAUGACUGAGAAGCGCAUCCUGUCCUUGGCGUGCAAUCAUCCUUUUCUAACACAGCUAUUCUGUUGCUUCCAAUCUCAGGUGAGACCGAAUUGUAGGUGAACCUAAUAUAUAUGUUGCUAUCUGUUGUACAGCUUCCAUUUAACACAAUUAUACACACUAAAACUACAACACAAACACACACUGCAUUCACCAUACAGACACUACAUCCACUACACAAACACACACUGCAUUUACCAUAAACACUCUACAUUCACUAUACAAACACACUGCAUUCACCAUAGACACAAUACAUCCACUACACAAACACACACUGCAUUCACAAUAGACACAAUACAUCCACUACACAAACACACACUGCAUUCACCAUACGGACACUAAAACCACAAGACAUACACACACUGCAUUCAUCAUAAACACAAUACAUCCACUACACAUACACACACUACAUCCACUACACAAACACACACUCCAUUCAUCAUACACAUACUACAUCGACUGCAUAAACACACUGAAUUCACCAUACAUACACACACACUACAUUCACUACACAAACACACACACACUGCAUUCACCAUACACACACUAGAUCCACUACACAAACACACACUGCAUUCACCAUACACACACUACAUCCACUACACAAACACUACAUCCAUUAUACAAAUGUGCAAUCUAUACUUACUAUACACACCACAUCCACUACACACACAGGGCAUCCUUGUGGGCCGACUCAGAAUGGGCCCUGUGGGCAGACUCUGGGACAGGCUCUGGGGGCCUAGACCUUGAACUGUGUCAGUCUUGCUCAGAGGUAUUGGAUGUUCAGUGGUAACACUACAAAGUAUACCGUGAUCAGCCACAACAGUAAAAUAUCCUGCCUAAUAUCCUGUAGGUCCCCCUUGUGCUGCCAAAACAGCUCUGAUGCGUUGAGGCAUGGACUCCAUGAGACCUGUGAACAUGUCCCGUGGUAUCUAGUAUUUAGUUAUGACACUGUAUUUUCUUGACUUGUGUUUAUCACAUUUAUUUUUCAUGAUAUAUAUUCACAAUGCUCUUACAGAUGAAUUAAUACACUUUAGUUCAUUUAGCAAUAGCACAAUUUGAUUUGUCUCCCUUAUUAAAAUUAGUGUAUUGGGGUACGGUGGCAUAGUGGUGGGCUUAACACAAUAUGGCCAUAUGGUGGAACUGAAUACCCAUAUUUGUUUGCUGAGAUAGGGGAUUUAUGUAGACUUGUGAAAUGUAAAACUGUAUUGUUUUGUCUUUGCGCUUUUGUCCUUAUUCUGUAUUUUGUAUAAAUUGUGGGCUUUACGGCAGCCCCACUGCUGAGAAAUAUAUGUUCCAGUUGUACCCCCAAUUCCCCUUUUUUCAUCGUAACAAUAUAGUCAAUGUUAUUCACAUUCGUGGCUGCUCAUUGUAAGUAACUAUAACUUUAUAAUGUUGCCCUUAAUACCUACUCAAAGGAUGAUAUGAACCCCCUCUCUCAAAGGGUUAAAUAGCCCAUAUAAUAUAUUUGAAUAAUAGGGAAAAACAAACAAAUAAAAUUGAAUAAUGAAUGUAAGAAUUGGGACUUGUGAAUGUCCAGUAGAGGGCAGACGAUGCCUGCAUUCAGCAACACAAUGCACUUUUUUGAACUGGGUCCUGCAGGAAAUGUUUGUAUAUUGCAUUUUUAUAGCAAGUAAACAGCUUUAUCCGACAAGCAAAAACAGUUCUCACUGGCAACUGGCCUUUUGAGAAGGAACUUCCUUGAAAAUAAGUGAUCCCUUGGUUUUGCUUUCAUCAUGUUUCUGCAAAUAGCCUCCCUUUUAUAGAUAUGGGGGUGGGGGAGAGAAAAUACACAAACUAUCCUAAAUUUAUGAUUUAUGAAGACUGCAGUAGAAUUACAUUUUUCAUAUUAAUGCCCUUUCAAUAAUUAAAGGAACAUUUUAGUGUCAAGAACACAAACAAGUAAUCCUGUCACUAUAUUGCCUGUGUGGCUGUUUAGGAUUAAUCUGAAAAGGUGAUUAUUAUUAUUUUUUUGUACUUCCCUUUAUUCUCAGGCCGUGCCAGUCUCGCCAAAGCCGGCCCCACCCCCCACUCUGCCUCUGUGGCUGAAAUCAUAGAUUUUGAUGAUCUUUGCCAAUCCAAUGCUUUGCCACAGGAAACACCACACUGCGCCAGUCAGCAUCUCCUUAGAGAGAUACAUUAAAUUAAAGCAUUUCUAUGGUGAACAUCCAGCGUCUCCAUGCACAGCUGACACAGGAAGCACCGCUAGUGGCUGGCAAAAGGCUGCAUUUACAUUGAAAAGCUUGCAGGGACAGUCUGCAGACACCAGAACUGCUACAUUAAGCUGUAGUUAUUCUGGUGACUAUAGUGUCCCUUUAUGUCUCCAUCACAAACACUCUAGGACCUUCUGUUAGAGUUUGACAGUUUUUCUUAAUUAAGAACUUUUACUCUGUAAUCGACUUUUACUUUUUCCUAACUUGGCUUUACUCCCUGCUUUUAUUUGUUUUCAUCAAGUUCCUUUGGACAAUGUUUUUAGUUUUUUUUUUUUAGAUUUUACUUGUUUAUUUUUCCACAUACAAUGUAAUCACAAAGUGUGGCACUGUAUUAUCUUUGUGUGUCUGUCAAAAUAGGGCCAUAAUAUUGUCAUUGUUGUGAUGUCAAAUAUUUAAUCAAAUUAAUUUUAUUAAUAGUCACCAAAACAACGUACACAGCCUCACUAAACACUUCCUGGAAAGAGAGAUCUAAUGUUUACACUUCCUUUAUUACAAGUAGAUUUUCUAUCUCCUUCUCUGUUAAUAACCUGCUAGACUUUGCAGGAGGCUCGUUUGUGUAAUUAAAUUUAAAUUUACAGAGCAGGAGAUAAAAACCCUUGAAGUAAACCAUCUGAUUGAAAAUGAAGCCAUUUUGUUUUCAUGCAGGCUGUGUCAGUCACAGCCAGGGGACGUGUGGCUAGGACUGCACAAACAGAAACAAAAGUGAUUUAACUCCUAAAUGCAGAAGCAGUGAGUCAGAAAGGGACAUGAUCAACACACCAAAAUUGCUUGUGGUUUGGUGCCUAUAGGGUCCCUUUAAGAUAUGCAGUUCAGUCUAAUGUAAUAUUGUUCGAAUACCAACAGCGAAUGGAAUAGGAACAGCAAAGCAUACUGGGAGCUGUAGUGAAACUCCAGGUUGGCUGGCAUUGUAUUUCCACGUGAUGCUGAGUAUGCUGGGAGUUAUAGUGAAACGAACUGCAGGACUGUCACUUCUGGCCUUUCCUGUGAUAGCUUAGCUCUGGCCUUUUGCAGUGAAAUGGUUUAAUAAAAUACCAGUGCAGCCAGCUGGCACUGCAUGCUGGGAGUUUCGACUAAUGCAGAUGCUUCGUAUAAUGGACUCUGUGCAAUUCCAGAAAGCACUCACCCAGUGCCAGAAUUAGCACAUAUCGACCUCAAUGUCCCUUGCUCUCCUAAACCCAUUGUAAACCACAACUGCUGCACCCUUAUCAUAAAUGACAGGUUUCCAGUUUCCCUGACAUGUUGUUUACCAUCGCAGAAUAGUUGUCAGACCAGUCCUGAGUGCCUGCAGCAUGUGACUGCCGUCUAAUGUACAGGAAUGCCAAAACUCAAGUGGUCAUCUUGGAAAUGCCUUUAAAUUCAACCUAUGCCCUAUUUAAGUGCCAAUGACGUUCAGAACUCUGACCUUCGAUGCAUUGCAAAUAAUGAUCGAGACAUAGGGUGAGCUAAGGCCAGGGCGUGCAUUUAUACAAUGUAUAUUUAGUAUUUAUUUAUAUUGGGAAACUCCUCUUGGCUUGUCAGGAGUUUGAUAUCAGUUUAGUUUGUAAAGCGAUAGACCAUUUAAUGUUACUUAAUCAUAGCAUAAUGUAUUCUGUUUUGACGCUCCCACCCAAAAUAUAUGAAAAAAAAAUUCUGAGGUAGAUUUUUUAUUUUUUUUGUCAUGAAUUUGUUUUGUUUAAAAUAUUUUUUAAUUGGUCCUUUUGCAUAGCAGAAAGUGGUUAUAUACAAGUUUUAGGGGCCAAGAGUAUUAAACAAAAUAAUAAAACACACAAAAAAAACCCACCCCACCCAUAAUUUUCAUAAAAUAACAAAUCUAUCGGACUUAAGAAACCCUUUAGCCUGAUUUAUAGGGGGCUUCAAUUGGGGACUUUGGACUUUAGGAUAUUAAUGCCCAUUAAUUAACUUUUUUUUAAGUUUAGCUUUUAGUUGUAAGUAGAAAUGCAGUGACGGAACCAAAUCAUUUUAUUUCUGUCGGGUCAUUUUAGUUUUGGAGAUUAAGGGGGGGGAAAUGUAUCUGUUCAAAAAUGGCGAAUUUCUAGGGAUAAUUGCUACAUGUGGAGAAACCCUCUACUGGUUGAAUUGCGAUUGCUCUAACUAUUGCUCUUUUUUGCCUGGACAAUUGCUGUGUUAGGUUUCUCAUAAAUGUAAGAUUCUGAAUUCAUAAUAAAUUGUUUAACAUAAUUGAAAGCAGUGAAUUCCCUGGCCAAACAGAGUGUCUUUGUGCUAGAUUUACUUAGACAGGAGAGUGAAGACUCCAGUGUUUUGCUAUGGCUUUCUGCAUGGAUGACGCCCGGACAGUUUUAUUACCUCAAUGCACUCUGUACUCCCUGUGUUUAUGGAGUGAUAAAAUAUGCAGCAUGUUCACUUUGGUCCAGACUUUUCCUUCCCAUCUUGUAGAGACAUAUUAUCAAACUAUAACUGUGACCACUUUCAAGAGAAAAAUAGGAGGGAAAAAAGGAUAAAUUAAAUGAACUCAAUUAAGAAGAAAAAAUGGCGGAUAUUCACCAAAUGACUUCUGCUGGCCUGGUAGAAGAUACAGGUGGUUGAUCAGUUAUCACUUUGGGCUUGCUAUGUAACUAGUGCUGUAUAUACCAUGUUCCAUAAUGAUAUUCAAGACUUUGGUAGCUAUUGACAUCAGAAAGAAUAAACACUGAAGUGACCAAUUGGGAAUACAACCUGCAUCCAUGAGGUUUGGGCAGGUUCACCAUCGGUGCAAUAGCCAACAGAGCUAUUUCACUUGUUGUUGCUGUUCCUUUAUAGAAUGUAUAAUGAAUGUCUUUAACCAGAUUUCCUGUUGAUUCAUUUCUUUGUUCCUGCAUACGUCAUAGAGCCGAGAAAAUGAAAAUAAAAAGUUUUAUUUUUAUGUGAAAGUUUUGUAAUGGUACAAAAAAACAUUCCUGAUAACCACAGACAGAACAUCAAAUAAUAUAUUGUUUUAACUCUUUUUUUUUUCUUCACGUAUGUUGCUUAAAUAAACAUGUUGCAAUAUCCCUGUUGCAAAGAUUAAUAAAAGUUUGGGCUUUUGUACUGACGUUAUUUAAAAACAAAACAGCUCAAAGUACCAUAACCACUGCAGCCCGCUGUAGUGCAAACUGUUUUUUCAAAUGGAUUGACUGCUUACCCUGGGACGGCCAAAAGCCACAGUGAAUGCAUAGUAUUCAUAAUAUAUUCUCUACGUUUUAGGGUAAAUUGAACCCACUAACCAAACAAUGUGUGUUCGCAUUUAAGUAGGUAUUCAUCUAAUCUAUAAAACUGUACUUUCAAAAUUACCCACAAGUACUUAGAUUUAAAGAGAAACUUUAUUUUUAUACUUUAUUUAUAAAGCUCAACAUAUUUCAUAGCACUGUACACAAGUACAAUUGACACAAGUAAAAAGACAAAGGUACGAUACACCUGAGACUGACAAAAUUUGACAAACAAAUACAGGAGCCUUUGAUGGUCUUAUUCCCAUGGGAUCUUACGAUCUAAAUAGUUAUCUGGCACCUACUUCUCCAUCUUUGAGAGGCCAUCGGAGAAUGACAGAGAUGCCUCCCCACCAAAUGAUUUAAUCUGCAUAAGGAUUAACGCUAAAGGUAUAAGGGUCCUUGAAGCUUCCUGACAAAGCCAUACCUAGAAUUUAUAUUAUUAUUAUUACUGGCAUUUAUAAAGCGCCAACAAAUUCCGCAACGCUGGAUUACUUCUAUUACUUAUAAUUUAGAUUCCUAUUGUAGAAACCAUGUUGGUAGUCUUUUUCUUUGUACUAAGGAAAUUGUAGUAAAAAAACUAAAUUAAAAAAAAAAACGUACACGUGCAAGUGCAGUCUUUUUUUUUACCAGCACAAUGAAUAGGUAUUGGUGCUUUAUAAAUAAUAAUAAUAAUUAAACUGUAUCCCUUGUAAACCAGAUUAAUCAUAGCACUUUAAAACCUCCACUGUUUUAGUAAAUUCUUGCCCGUCAGCCUCUCCACGUCUAAAACAUGUACUUGGUAUACAGUCGAGAAUAUAUGUUAAACUAGCUAAUCAAGGCUCCGUUUAAUAUAAAAAGUACGGCCAUCUUCAAUUAUUGCAACAAAAUAAAUAGAAUAAUUCUGCACUUCGACCCACUAAUGAUCCAACGAUUAUUAGAGCCAAUAUUCGGCAUCGGUCUACAAAGUUACUGAAAUUGCCGAUAACAGUCGAUAUAGGGCCCAAUUCAAAAUUCUGGCACUUGCUUACAAAUCCCUACAUAAUGCUGCUCCAACAUACCUAUCCUCCCUCAUACACAAGUAUGUCCCGUCGAGACCCCUGCGCUCAGCCCAAGACCUACACCUAUCCUCUGCCCGGAUCCCCACCUCUGAUGCUCGCCUUCAAGACUUCUUCAGGGCUGCACCUAUUCUGUGGAACUCCCUUCCCUCCUCAAUCAGACUUUCACCCAGCCUCCAUUCCUUUAAAAAAUCUUUGAAAACUUAUUUCUUCAUUAAAGCGUAUCAAUUAAACUGUCAGCAGGUUUCUCACCCCAUGACUCCGUUCCUUCACCUGUCAAAAAUGACCUACCAAGCACUCAAUAAACCCUUCUGUAACAAACUAUUUAAUUCCCCUUCUUUAACCCUUUGUGUCACUAUACCCCACUCCCUCUAGCAUGUAAGCUCAUCGAGCAGGGCCCUCAACCCCCUCUGUUCCUGUACGUCAGUGGUCUGAUCUCAAUUAUGUGUCUGUUAGUCCACCCAUUGUACAGCGCUACGGAAUAAAAUAAUAACAACAUACACGCCGUCUUCCACUUCCAACUGGCUGCCAAUGAGGUGCCAUGUUGUGCAACCUCACGGCAGCAUGCUCGAAUGUGGAGUGCUGCUCGUGGCAGGAGGUUAGAGCGUGAGUUUAAGGACAUGUGAAUUGUAACAAUGCUGUAAACUAAAUAUUUUUUGCUGAAAUCACAUAUAAAUAGUCUGGUUUAUACAAAACAGUGAAAUACCUGAAGGAUUAGAGGGGACAUCACUGAUUGAAAUACCACUAAAUAAUUGUGUUCAUUACCCCUCCAUGCUAAAUGCAAGAAAAUCACUGACCCCAACGAUGUAUAAUUAUUACCAUAUAUCAUUACUUGGCAGUAUGGUGAUGUUCAGAGCUGCUGGGGAGACACCGAGUGACAGGGAGAUAUGAACACUCUCUGUCUCUGAUCCCUUGUAUUCUAAUGGAGUAUGACAUCACAGAUGAGAUCUUUGAUAAUGUAUUAAACAAUAAACAUGUUCAAUUAAUGGCAGAUUUGUGUAGAAAUUUUGUGGCUUUUUCAAAACUUUAAAUGUACAGAAUAGCAGUUAUCAAUAAUCGUCCCAAAAAAGUGACCGAUAAUAGGGAUCAACUCAUGAAAAAUUAAAUCGUUCACUCCCUAGUUGUUAUCCAAGGACAAAAAAAAAAACAACCACGUUUUCAUUGUGUAUAUUCAUUUAUUAGAGUGUAUGAAAAUUGAAAUAAAACCCUAGCAGUUAUAAUUAUGGCUACAAGCAAAACUGAAUUAUGCUGCUUUCUGUAUUAUUUUUAAUGCUUGCAUUAAAGGAUCACUAAAGUGUCAGGAAAACAAACUAAUUUUCCUGGUACUAUAUAGUCCUUAGGUCCCUCCCACCCUCAGGGCCCCCCCUCGCACUGGACUGAAGGGAUUAAAAACCUCUUCAGCCACUUACCUUUAUCCAGCGCUGUUCUCCCUCGGCACUGGUGACCUCUCCUCCCCCUCCGACGUCAGCUCCAGAGUGGAGCCGAUUGCGUGUGUGUGGCCAGAGCCGCGCGCACAUUCAAACCGCCCAUAGGAAAGCAUUACUCAAUGCUUUCCUAUGGACGUUCUGCGUGCUCAAUGCAAUUUUCGCAUUGAGCAUUGCGGAAGCGCCUCUAGCGGCUCUCAAAAGGACAGCCACUAGAGGCUGGAUUAACCCUGCAAUGUAAACUGUUUACAGCUGCAGAGUUAAAACCUGGGGGACCUGACACACAGACCACUUCAUUGAGCUGAAGUGGUCUGGGUGACUAUAGUGGUCCUUUAAUGGAGUCUUGCUAAUAUUUGCACUAUUGGAAUUGUUUUAGCAGGAGUAUGCAUUGUUUUGUUUUUUGUUUUUGCAUGUUAACGUCAGAGGACGCGCUUUUGGGUACCCUGACUGCAAUUUGUUCAAACAGUCUAAAGGAAUAUUUUCUAUGGGUUGUUUUUUUGUUUGUUUUUACCCAUGUAGAAUAAGGGCUGCAUUUGUGGCAUUUUAGAUUAAGGUUUAUAGAGAAUAUAUAUAGAAUUUGUCUUUCAAGUGAGCAUCUCUGGUUAGAAAAUCCUGAAAUUAAAGCUUGGCGUGUGGGUGGUAUAGGAUCCACAAGACCACUUGCUUUGCUUCCAUUACACAUAAAACGUGGAUAAAAUGUAAGUUUUAGAUUAUAUAUUAUUAUGCUCAUUUUUACAUAGUGUGCAUUUGGUGGGGUUAUGAUUGGAUAAGGUUAAUUUUAGUUACAAUGUUAAUUGCAAACUUUUACUUGUGACAUUUUCCUGUAGAAGCAUUCUGUUUCUGCCUCGUAAUUCAAGCAAACUCAUUAAAAUAUGUCCUUGUCCUUCUAAUGUGUUUAGAGUUUGGCGGGUGCUAGGGCUGCAGGAAAGGACCUCCCAAUGUUCCCUAGCAUUAGUUUGGAAUGAGGAAUGUGGUAUUUUUACUCUUUGUGACUAAGGAAUGAAAGAUGAUGAUCAAUAUGUAUGUGUCAGGUCAGGUGCACAUGUGAGCUAUUUCGUACUGUACAUAUCAUUCAUCAUCUCUACUCCAGAGAUCAGUACACAGGCAACAAAUCCUUAAUAAUGUGACCUAUUGCCUUGGAGACCUGUUAAGUUACAUUAGUUGGUUUCUUUAAUAGACUGCAAAAGAUACCAGAGGGUCAAAAAAACAAACAAAUUACAUGUGACUUAUAUCCUGUAUUACUAUUUUUUUGUAAUAAAGUUUCAAUCAAAUAUGCCAAAUUUCAAAACAUUGAGGAGUCUUAAGUACAUUGCAAAAUAUUUUGAAACCGUUACUAGAAAAAAUAAAUUGUAUGGGAAUGUAAACCAUCAAUUAUGAAUCUGAGAUACAUGAAUAAAUUGGGAGUACAAACUGUAACAAUGGCAAUCAGACUCUGUCAUGUAUGUGCCCUCCAUAUAGCCAGAUGCCAUGUUUUAGAUUACAUGAGACGGUGGGUAAGACGUGAGAGUGUUUUCUGCUAUUGAGGCGUAUCCUACAGAUUUAUUUAAAAUUCAUUCUAUGUAACAUAAACUGUUUGUUGGGUUUGUUGAUUAAAUCUAUCCACGGGUUGGGUUUGAUAUUAUAUAUAAAACAAGUUCCGAAAUAAUUCCGUCCCAAAUUACACACACCCCUUACUUUGGUAGGUACUAACCACUGCAUACCGGGAACACCCCAUAAGACUUGUUUUUUUGGGAGAUUUUCCAACCCAGUCGUCUAGCCAUAACUAUUCGGCCCUUGUCAGAGUCACUUGCCCAUUUUUUUCUGCCUCCAACACAUGAAUUUCAAGAACUACCCAAUAUAUCCCACCUCUUGACAGGUGCCAUUGUAACUAUAUAAUCAAUGUUAUUCAUUUCACCUGUCAGUGGUUUUAAUGUUGUGGCUGAUCAGCAUGUAUUGCCUCGUAGAGGCGGAAUAGUGAGAACCAGGAAUGUAACUUUUUAGUGCCAUGAGAGUUUUAAUUUCUGUCUGUCUGUCUGUGUGUGAAUAGAUCUUUAUUUUUUUUGUCUUUUUUUUUUUCUCCCCAAAGGACAGGCUCUUUUUUGUCAUGGAGUUUGUAAACGGGGGAGACCUUAUGUUUCACAUUCAGAAAUCUCGACGAUUUGACGAAGGCCGCGCCUGCUUCUAUAGCGCUGAAAUCACCUCUGCCCUCAUGUUUCUACACAACAAAGGAGUUAUCUACAGGUAAUAUUCUAUUUUAAUGAAGAUGAGGCUAUAAUGUAAAUAAAAGAUGUUCUGAAACGGCAGUCCAUAGUUGACUGUUACACUACAGAUAUAUAACAGAUCCUGCGGGGGGCGCUCUUAUGAUGUUGCCCCUGUAGUUUAUUACCCCGUGACAUUAAUUUCCUGCUAGUUUAGUGUCAGAUAGCAGAGAAUACUCUAUUCUCUUGCGAUUUCACCUACCUUCAUAAACGCUGACACUUUAAUGAGAUCAUCUACACAUCUUUUACCAUUUAUAUUAAGAACAAGUGUUUUUCCUGUGUAAUUUUAUCUAAAAUCACAACUAUAACAGCAGAACCACAACAUUUGACAUUUUCUCUAUUUAAAAACUGUAUUGUUAGGUUGUGGAAAUAUUCAUAUGAAGGACCCUGCAAUGGAAUAUUGACAUUCAAUACUUAACCCAAAAACAGUGUGGAGUUUUAGGGAAUUGCAAAAUUGAGACCACAAACCCCAGAAUGCAAAGGAUUGCCCAACAGUGUAAUGUGUUAGUCUACUAAGUAUGUUGUUUGGUAUUUUUACGCUUCGUUGAGCGCAAACAUAUUCUGCAGUGCAUCACAGCUGAAAUCUAUAACCGCAGGUAAUUGACAGACACAAUAACGGUGAAGGACGCAUAGAUAAAAACGUCACUGUUCAAACUAGUUUAUAAUCUGAGCUGUAUAUUUUAUUAUAUGUUUGUUAUUAUGUGUGCUGUUUUUUUUUUCCCCAACACAAAUUGAUACUGGCAGACCCGUUACCACGUGAAUUGGCCCACUCCGUCAUGAUCUACAAAGUCUGAUUUUUAUAAUUAGGUACUGUGAGUUUUCAGUGUUUGCGCCGUUUGAAACCACACUCAGAAAUGAGAGCGAGUGCAGAAUACACUCUGCACCGUAAAAUAUACAAUGGUGCUUAAAGCAGCCCUCUGGAGGAAAGCUCUUAAUAUGAUGAAAACAUACUGUUCUGACACGUGAAAUAUGAGCACAAUCGACAUGCUGCAGCGUGUGAGUUACUGACUGUGGAGAGGGACAGAAACAAUGAAAUAAUUGGGGUACAGAUUCCGGGUUUAGCUCGUUGGCACCCCAAACUACUGUUUGUAGACCCCCCUUACAUAUGGAACAAUAAUUUAAUCUGUUUAAGAGAAUCCCUCUCUGUUUGAGGAAACUAAGUAAAUAAUCAAAAAUCCCUAACCCUUGUAUUGUCAUAUGGAGCAAUGCUUCCUUUUAACCUUACAUGUUCUUGUAUGAUGUGUGUAUGUGCAGCUUUUUUCAAAGUAGCUCACAGCAGUACUGCACAAAGGGAGCACACAUGCGCAAGUAGUCACAACAAUCGGAAUGAAUGAAACUGCAAGCACAUAACUUCCAAAUGUACACAAGAAGCUUAAUUUGUGUUUUUAACUAAUUAAACUUCCUGUGUACGGGUCUGCUACUUGCUGAAUAGUGGAUUUGCAUAUUCCUUAAUCCCAAGCUAUAUAAGGUUUCUGAAACAUACAUUACUUUCCAUUUAAGAAUCGAAGGAAAGCCAAAAUUGUCCAACAGAACGCAAUCAUUCCUGGUUUGUGCGUAGGACAACUCUAACAUUACAUGUCCCAGGGACGUGUUAUCUGCAGUUUGCAGUGUUAUGUUCAUGGCAUUCGAAUCCCGAAACGUGAAAAGAACAUUUUGCGCACAGUGUUUGCUGUAUGAAUUACCCCACCCAAUCAGCAGGUAAUCAUGCGUUUGUCAACCGCAGGGUUUUCAUAAAAGACAAAACAGCUGGGUUUUGGCAAGUUCUGGCUACAUUCAAUAAUACAGCUACAAUUUAUUAUGUUUGAAUACAUUGUAAAUAUUGGCAUUGGCAUGCUGGCACAGGCUGUGUUUCAUGGCAUGACAGGUCUUGUAAGGAAUGACUUGAAAAGCGGACGUGACUAUCGCUUUGUUCGUUUCAUGAUACUUUCUGCCAGGUUAUUAUAAUACAUUUUAGAUUUUUUUUAUAAUCUCAAAAGCUUUUAAAAAAGUUGUAUUACUUUAUCUCUUUCUAAUUCAUCCUAAACCUUUAAUAUCCAAGAAUAAAGUGCAUUAUGCAUGUUGAAACACUAUAGACUCUUCAACCUAAUUUUUAUGUUCAUUGCGUGUUUUGCUUUUUUUUACCAUUUAGCUCAACUGUUCGUUUGUAAUAUUUCAAAUCACAUGAAGCACAUACAGAGAAUUAUCCAGGUUUUCAGUCCUUAGCCGGUAGAUGAUAAUUGAUCAGGAAAUGUAGUUAUUAUGGGAUUGUUAUAGGUAUUUGGCAAGAACAAUCUGUGAGUGGUGUUUGUGUAAUAAAGAUCUAUUACACAAUUUUACAAAACAAUAAAUAUAAUGAAUUUGCUACAUGUCUAGAAUAGAAGUGCGCGGUUUUUAGGUGGUGGUUGAUUUUUUUUUUUCUUAUGGGGUAUGUGUGUAUGUGUUCUUGCGUUUGCUUUUUUUGUUAAUGUUUCAAGAAUAAUUUAAAUUGCCAUCCCGAAACCUGGACAAGAUUUUUAUCUAGCGUUUACCCAUUUGUAUGCAGAUUUGGAAAAAACUGUCCCUGUGGGUUUAUUUUCUAUUGUAGUCAAUACACAAAUUGUGUAAUGGGUUUAACCUGAAUGAAUUAACCUUGGUUAGUAGAUCUCCUGUUCACAAUACUCUUGGUUCUUCGUUCUCUUUACUGUAAGUUUUAUUGCGGUUGAACAGUUGUACGCUCAUGUCUGAUAUACACAGGAUCUGAAGGAAAAUAUUAUUAAUCAGAUAAUAAAUGUGCAAUACCCUUAAUACAAUUAACAACAUAAAAAAUUGUUUAUUUGAAAUAUCUUUAAUUUUUAACCAUUAAAAGCUCACAAAUAAGAGCCAUGAGUUCCUGACUUACAAUCCUAUAUUAAGAUAUUUCCACUCUGUGACAAUCUAUAUAUCAUUUAAAAGAACACUCCAAGUACCAUAACCACUAGAGCCCACUUUAGUGUUACAUUCCUGGGAGGGAUCCUGGCGCCCUCCGGGAGUCAGUAGUCAGAUUGUUCCCCGGACCCUCUAUUCUGCGUGUGCCCAGCAGAGGAGACAGCAACGGGCACCUGACAGAAUCUGAGUAAUCUGUCCAGCUGUUCUUAAAGGAACACUAAUGUUGAAAGAUAGUUUGAUCUCACAUAAAGGGGGAAGCUUCUAGACACUCAUUUAUGUAUAUAAAAGUUGGGAAAUAUACAUUCUUGGUUUUAUCUCCAAAGGAAAUCUGUACUGUCCAGGAGACCGCGGCCACCAUUAAUAUAUACUCAUCUGUGCAAUUUAAUAUAUUUACAAACAGAAGAGUAAAAAAAUGUAAUCUGAACUUCUGUCCAUUAUCUGUUUGUGUUUUGGACUUGAUUGAAUAUUAAACAGCAGACUGUAGUUAAUUGAAAACCAAUUAGUAAAAUUAAAGCUCAGAUAACCAAGCUGGGUUACGGAUUCUUUUCAAAUCAGCUGUUUUUGGCUACAGGUUACAGUUCAGUUUCCAUCCGUACAAUUUAGUGUUUAGAGAUAGAUAUACAGGUGUGAACAUUGAAGUCCAUUUUCAGUAAUGUGGCCAGAGUUAUUUACGUAGUUGCCGAGAUGUUUAUCCUCUGUCUCCCCUUAUAUCAUUACUUGUCUUCUCGGGACAUCUUACAACCAAAGAAAACCCUGGCAAUCCAAUACCCCAUUCGUGCGCACUGCAUUGUAUCUAUUCAUAGCCGAGCAGGUGGAGUUAGGGGAUAUGGAAAUACAUAUACAAAUAGAUGGACUUAGUACAUUGUAAUGUAUUUAACACUUCACAAAGGGCCCUGAGGGGUGUGGACGCAGUAUUUGCAUUAAGGGAACACUAUAGUCACCUAAAUUACUUUAGCUAAAUAAAGCAGUUUUAGUGCAUAGAUCAUUCCCCUGCAAUUUCACUGCUCAAUUCACUGUCAUUUAGGAGUUAAAUCACUUUGUUUCUGUUUAUGCAGCCCUAGCCACACCUCCCCUGGCUAUGAUUGACAGAGCCUGCAUGAAAAAAAAACUGGUUUCACUUUCAAACAGAUGUAAUUUACAUUAAAUAAUUGUAUCUCAAUCUCUAAAUUGAACUUUAAUCACAUACAGGAGGCUCUUGCAGGGUCUAGCAAGCUAUUAACAUAGCAGGGGAUAAGAAAAUCUUAAUUAAACAGAACUUGCAAUAAAGAAAGCCUAAAUAGGGCUCUCUUUACAGGAAGUGUUUAUGGAAGGCUGUGCAAGUCACAUGCAGGGAGGUGUGACUAGGGUUCAUAAACAAAGGGAUUUAACUCCUAAAUGGCAGAGGAUUGAGCAGUGAGGCUGCAGGGGCAUGUUCUAUACACCAAAACUGCUUCAUUAAGCUAAAGUUGUUCAGGUGACUAUAGUGUCCCUUUAAUAAUGAACUCACAAAGCAUUUGAAUCUGCAGCAUUCUUUCUGUUUAUUGUUCUGAUGCGAGCCUGGCGUUUUCAGAGACUCAGUUUCCUCUCCUGCUGCUGGCUGGGUACUGAUAUGCUCUCAGGCCCGAUUAAAGCUGCAAAGCGUUUCUUUAUUAUUUAUCCAUUCUGAGUUCCUCUGCUCAGAAUAUGGAGUCUUAAGAAGCUGAUACCGGAGAAACUGACGGAAGCAAAGCACAGAGGGAUGGACACAGGUUUCUUCAGGAAGGAAGAGAUUCUUUAUUGGAUCACCGAUCGGGACUCAGAGGGACUAAUGUCACCAAAAAAUACAGCAAGUUCUGAGCCCUGAACAAUAGUGCAGGCUCCCUAUAUAGGCACAUAACUCCUCCCAUACUAAGCUCCACCCGCACAUUCUCUUGACCAAUCAUUACAAAUAAGAAUUAACUUCCUGCUUGACCGCAUGGCUUGUCCAGCACAAUGGAGGAGGGGAAUACUACAUCCUGUAUUCUUGCACAUGCUCCGUACACUACUGAUCGUAUCUUGCCUCGUGCAACCAACUGAUCGAUACGUCAGCAUAUGCACGUACACAUGCCACGUGGUAAUCUCGGCCUACUAAAUUUAUUUUUACCGAGAUUCCACCACAUUCCCCCCUUUGAUGCCUCUUGAUAUUUUACAAUUACUUGAGGCAUCACUUAACCUUGGUUUGCAUACACCACAAGUUACCUUUGAACCAGACCAGACUUAUCCUAUGAUGUGAAUCUUCAACACUCGUCUUCCUGCAUUGGUUCUCCCUGAUCUAGAGCCUUAUAUUUAUAAAUUGCCAUUAUCUGUGCAGCAGCCUUCCUCUCUGCUAUAUUUUCUAUCAGGCUUUGCACAGACCUAACUACUAAGGGUAUAAGACACGGCAGGAGUAGACACAACAUUAAAAUCAGUAGGACUCCACCUACCACUGCCUUAAGCCCUCCAAACCACUCAUACCAGCUACCAAACCAACUACUUGGAUUGUACCCUUUCCAUACCUGAGUAGGCACAUGCGCUAGUUUAACCAUAUGGCUAGUAAGCUCAGCUAUUGCUUGCCCUUCGUCAUCUAUUUGAAGACAGCAAUUGCUCAGGUUAAACUUCCCACAUACACCUCCCUCUACUGCCAAAAGAUAAUCCAAGGCUAAUCUAUUUUGGUAAACUGCUGUCCUCAUCCUGGUAUUAUGCUUCGCUAGAAGAUUGAGCGCUUGUGAUGUCUCGUUAGUAAUGAUCUCAACCACCACCUGUAACCUUAUAAUGCGGUUGAGCAUAUAAAUAGGGGUUCUAUAACCAAAGGUACCAUCCUCUGCCCACGUGGCUGGCCCAUAAUAAUCUAUAAUACGCUGGGGAGGCCAUUCAUUAUCUUCCCAGGCACCUAUCUCUAUGGGUCCCCUUUUCUUCCUAUGAUUCACAUCAUACACUUUAACACCUAAAGUCUCACCUGUUUCAAUAGGCAACAAGAAGAAGGAUGGUUUUAACAUACCCAACACACAUGCCCCUUCCCAGUCCUGUGGUAACUCCGAAUAGGCCUUCUUACCACAGAUCCAGUACAAAUUCGCUGGGGCUCUCCAGUUAGAUGUGAUGGAUAGAUCAAACCAUACGUCCUUUAAAUUGGCAUAUCUUGCAAACGGGUUAGAUGGUUCUGAGACAUUUGAAGCCGACCACCAAGUUGUAUUCUUUGUAUCAUCAUCAUAAGCUUUUUGCCCUAGACAAGUUAAUUCUCCUACAGAAGUAUUAUACAUCAUUCCUUUCCUCGCUAUGCAAACAUAACCUAUGAUGGAGGUCUUCAAUCUCCACUCAGAUUUACCUCUAACACUCAUAUGAUAGUCGGCUUGUGUAGAUAUUAAUUGGUCAACUGCCUCAGAACCGGACAUUACCUCCUUUGCUUCCCAAGGCCAUUGGUCUCCCAUGUUAGUACCUCCACACACAUAGCAGUUGGUAACAUUAAGACUACCGGCAAUACUCUCGGCUAAAUCAAUGAACAAGUUUUUAGCAUUAUGGGGGAUCUUAUUAUCUAUGCUCAUCUCUUCAUAAAAGGAAUGGUAUACUUGAUGAGUUUGGGAGGUUACCGUAUCAGUCUCUAUCCCUAUAAACAAUAUUGUCCCAGGGUCUAAACCCGUCCCAUAUAUUUGAAACCCAAAUAAAUUACCAUAUUUAUCUAAGAACUUGUCAGGGUUAUUUAUAAGUAUAUGGAUUGGAUUGCAUUCCAUAGACUUACAAUAUGGAUCAGUAGGCAACUUAGUCACAAUCAUGUCCUUGUCUGCUGUCUGUCCCCAAGUCGCCCACCCCACACAAGACCAAUAUGGGCAGAAGUUAUAAUCUCUAUUUGGGCAUCUUGGACUUACAUAUUUAUUUUUACUACUGGGACAAAUAUAUUUAUCGUUAGACCCAUACGUCCUCUCCCAUCUAAGAUCCCCACAUACAUUCCACGGCUUUCUACCACUUGAUAUUGCUUUACACGCAUCAAAUAGCAGAGCACCUGAAGAAUAUACGGAUUUUAAUACCGUCUUAUUAAUUAGGGUCCCCUGAGAAUCUCCAUUUCUGAGAGUCAACCAAAUUGUACGGGGUUGAUACUCAGGACUGAAGCACUUAGGUUCUCCUACUCCUAAAUGACACACACUAUAUUCUAUAUUUAAGUAUCUACAUCUUGAUACAUCUCCUUUACACUCAUAUUGCGAAUGCCAAAUUAGGGUCUGGGAUAUAUGGUUACCUGUUCUUGUAGUCUUAAUGCAUACCUCACAGCUAGGAGUGUCGGUACCUCUACCUUCCUGAAUAUAAAAAUACACAUAAAUAAACAUUAUUAAAAAUACAUCUUUCGUCGUCAUCCUCAGUCUUCGUCCGUGUGAAGGCACCUCAGCUUCCAGGAUGUAAGGACUGCAGGGAAUGGAGUUCUGCUCGUCUUCACAGGGGUCCCCUCAAGACUUUCCCUGACUUAUACACUCGUUGGUGAGUGGACAGGCUUUAUUAUGGCCUUCUCACUCACUUACCAAGUCUCUGAAACAAUAAAAUUUAUAAUCCACAAGGUUCCUCGUCACUCCGACUGAGUCGUGCGUUUUAACCGGAUCUUGCAGGGAUUCUCUGGAUUUGCUGUAACUUGCCAGGAAUCGGCUGCUGCUGGUUUAACCCUGGAGUGAUGUAUCCACGGAGCCACUUCGGCUACUUUUAUCGCUGUAGGGGUAGACAGAAGAACAACAUAAGGACCUCUCCACUUGGGCCCUAACGGCACAUUAUUCCACUCUUUAAUCCACACUUGGUCGCCUGGGUGGUAACUAUGAAUUGGGGAUAAAUAUUCACAGGUAAUCUAUCUUGUACCCAUUUCUGUACCUCCUCCAUAGUCUUACCCAACUCUACAACCUGCUGCCGGGUAAUUCCUUCUCCCAACUGACUCAAAUCCCCCCUUAAGUUACCAAGCACGGGAGGUGGUCGCCCGUACAUGAUUUCAAAAGGAGAGAGGCCCAUCCUUCUGGUAGGUGUACUACGGAUUCGCAAUAGAGCUAUGGGCAAGAGAACGUUCCACUUAAGUUGGGUUUCCUGACACAUUUUAGCCAACUGAUUCUUAAUAGUUCUAUUCAUUCUCUCUACCUUACCAGAACUCUGGGGUCUAUAUGCCGUAUGAAGCCUCCACUUUAUACCAAGCAUAUGAGUCAAUUGUUGUAGGCACUGAUGAACAAAAGCUGGACCAUUGUCCGAUCCUAUAGAGCAGGGUAGUCCAUAUCGGGGUAUUAUUUCUCGUAGCAGGAAUCUCACGACUUCUCCUGCUUUCUCUGUACGAGUAGGACAUGCUUCUACCCAGCCUGAAUAGGUGCACACCACUACCAGCAGGUAGCGAUGUCCACCCGAUUUAGGCAUCACUGUAUAGUCAAUUUGUAAAUCGGACAUGGGAAGUCCCCCCAUAAACUGGACUCCUGGUGGCUUUACUGGUCCUUGUCUUGCAUUAUUUUUAGCACACGUUACACAUCUACGUACAAUGGCCUGAGUCAAGUUGGACAAUCUUGGUAUGUAGAAAUGUUUUCUGAGAGAUUCUUCUGUACUGUCUCUCCCAGAAUGUGUCCCGUUAUGAUAGUUUUGGACAAUUUCUACCGCUAGUGAUGCUGGAAUAACUAUUCUUCCAUCUUCUAACUGAUACCAUUUGUUCUCCAAAUACUUUCCAGGUUCAGUCCUUAACCACUCCUCUUCUUGAGCUGUAUAAAUUGGAGUCCAUUGAGACAGUGGAGUUGGUAUAAGAGCAGCUAUAUGCCCCACAUAUUCCUGUCUUCCUGAUUCAGCAGCACGCUUAGCUGCACUAUCUGCCAUCCGAUUCCCUUUGGUUACAUCACCAUCUCCUCUCAGAUGCGCCCGACAAUGUAUAAUACCGACUUCUUUCGGCUCCCACACUGCUUCCAAUAGUUGUAGGAUCUCAGCUGCGUAUUUGAUUUCUUUGCCUUCUGAAUUCAAUAGUCCUCUUUCUUUAUACAAAGCUCCGUGGGCAUGAGUGGUUAAAAACGCAUACUUGGAGUCCGUGUAGAUGUUCACUCUUAAACCUUCAGCCAAUUGUAACGCUCGUGUCAGUGCUAUCAAUUCUGCCUUUUGUGCUGAUGUUCCUUUUGCCAGUGGCCGAGCUUCUAUCACCUUGUCUAUCGUUGUUACUGCAUAUCCUGCAUAGCGGAUCCCUUCUUUUACAUAACUACUGCGUCGGUGUAAUAUUGAACAUCAGGGUUCUGGAUGGGAAAAUCACGAAGAUCUGGUCUACUUGAAAAUACUUCAUCCAUUACUUCCAAACAAUCAUGUUGACUUUCAGUAGGUUGUGGCAAAAGGGUAGCUGGAUUUAAGGUAUUUACAGUCUCUAAAUGCACUCUUGGGUUUUCACACAACAUUGCUUGAUACUUGGUCAUACGGCUGUUACUAAACCAAUGAUUUCUUUCCUUUGUAAUCCAACAACGUCUGUACUGCAUGUGGAACUCGUACAUAAAGUUCUUGACCCAGAGUGAGUUUAUCGGCUUCAGCUACUAGCAGGGCGGCUGCAGCUACAGCUCUUAGACAAGGUGGAAGUCCGCUGGCCACUGCAUCCAGUUGCUUAGACAUGUAGGCAACAGGUCUUUGCCAUGAUCCCAAGUACUGUGUCAAUACUCCCACAGCCAUUCUUCUUUGCUCAUGUACAUACAGGUAGAAUGGCCGUGUGUGGUCAGGUAGACCUAAUGCUGGGGCACUCAUCAAAGCCCUCUUCACAUCUUCGAAUGCCGUUUGCUGUUCUUGAGUCCAUAAGAAGGGGUCGUGCUCUGUACCUUUGAUAGCUGCAUACAGAGGUUUUGCCAGUAUCGCGUAGCUGGGAAUCCAUAUCCUACAGAAGCCUGCUGCCCCCAAGAAUUCUCGCACUUGUCUUCUAUUCCUGGGUAUCGGUAUUUGGCACACAGCUUCUUUUCUCUCUGGCCCCAUAAUUCUUUGACCUUCAGAGAUAUGGAAUCCCAGAUAUUUGACAGUUGGAAAACACAACUGAGCCUUCCUUCUUGACACCUUGUAUCCUGCCUUCCAGAGAAUGUGUAGUAGAUCGUGCGUUGCUUGCUGACAUACUUCCUUUGUAACUGCUGCUAUCAACAAGUCAUCUACAUAUUGUAAUAAUACACACUCUCCUGGGAUAGACUCGAAAUCUAGUAGAUCUUGACUUAGAGCUGAACCAAAUAGGGUAGGUGAAUUUUUAAACCCCUGGGGCAAUCUUGUCCAGGUCAUUUGGCGUUUCGAGCCCGUUACAGCAUUUUCCCAUUGGAAAGCGAAGAUACAUUGGCUUUCUGCGGCAAUUCGGAGGCAAAAGAAGGCAUCUUUGAGAUCUAAGACUGUAAAGUAAGUAGCCCCGCCCGGAAUUAAAGCAAGCAGGUUAUAUGGAUUGGGCACGACUGGAUGUAUACUAACAACCGCAUCAUUGACUGCUCUCAAGUCCUGCACAGGUCGAUACUCAUCUGUACCGGGCUUUUGAACAGGCAGCAAUGGGGUGUUCCAGGGGGAAGUACAGAAUUUUAGGAUACCAUACCGUAUGAACUUAUCCAGAUAAGAUUGGAUGUUCUUCUUAGCCUUCUGCGGAAUAUGAUAUUGUCUCAGGCUUACUGGAUAAACCCCAAGUUUUAGUUCGAUUUUAAUAGGUGGAAUAUUGCGGGCCAGUCCUGGUGGGUUGUUCUCUGCCCAAACUCCUGGUAUGUUAAAUAAGGAUUCAUCACUCCUCGGGUUUUGGCUAGUCAACACUGUAUAAAGUCGCCACUCUUCUUCCUUUGGUACGGACAAUGUCAUAAUACCUGAGGGUCCAUUAAACUUUAAGGAUGUUGUUCCAUUUGGUAGGAGCGUAAUCUGCGCUUGUAAUUUGGAUAGCAUAUCACGUCCCAGCAAUUGGACUGGACACUCAGGCAUAUAAAGGAAUUGAUGUUUUACUACGUGGCCUCCCAAUGUACAGAGUCGACUUUUAAGAACCGGUUUUUCAGCACUUCUUCCAGUUGCUCCUAUUACAGUAAUAGUUCUUCCAGAUGGAGGAGCAACUUGAUUAGUCACCACCGAAUGUUCAGCACCAGUGUCGAUCAUAAACGCACUCCUUUUUCCCCCUAUUGAUACAUCGACUAUAGGCUCCGCUCGACCAAGGGGGAUGGAGCCCGGUCGGUAUCAAUAGUCCUCCAUGACCGUGUCAGCCAAUCCCACAAAGUCCCUACCUUCUCUAUCGCGGGACCUUUGCGCUGCUGGAUAGUACCUAUCUUCCCUUACACUUCCUCUGUUCCCAUUACUCCCUCUAUUACUAUUACUCCCUCCGGGGCCUCCUCUACCUCUCGCUCUGCCUCUAAAGUUUCCGUAACCUGCCCUGGGUAAGUCUCUCUCAUACUGCUCUCUUUGCGGACACUCGUUCCUCCAAUGCCCUUCUUCCUUACAGUACGCGCACUGAUUCCUACUCAAAGGCUCCCUAUUCCAUCUACCAUCGCCUCUAUCUGGGCCCCGUCUAUCUACGCCUGCGAUCGCUACCGCUAGCAUAUCUGCCUUUCUACGCAUCUUGCGCUCUUCCUCUUUCUUACUUUCUGUUUCCCUAUUCAUAUAUACUUUGUUCGCUACCUCCAUUAGUUGGGUGAUAGACAUACCUGCAAACCCUUCUAAUUUCUGUAGCUUGCGCUUAAUAUCUCCGUAAGCUUGGCUGACAAAGGCGGAGUUUACCAUUCGGGAAUUAUCAGCGUCUUCCGGAUUAAAGGGGGUAUACAAGCGGUAUGCCUCCAAUAAUCGGUCAUAAAAGACACUGGGCGCUUCAUCACUUUUCUGAAUCACCUCAACUGUCUUCGACAUGUUAAUAGCUUUCUUCCCUCCGGCUUUCAUGCCAGCAAUUAUAGCAUCUCUAUAGGCUUUAAGUUGAGCCAUAUCUGCGCCAUUUACAUUCCAGUCAGGAUCGGUGUUAGGGUAAUGUGUUGCGGCCCAUGCUGCCGGAUUGGCUUGAUUUAAAGCACGGCUCUCUCCUCUAGCGCCUUAAUGGCCGCUUGGUUAAUCCUUGUCCUUUCCUCAUUAUUGAACAAUGUCAUUAAUAACUGCUGGCAAUCAGCCCAUGUCGGGUUAUGUGUCUGAACUAUCGAGGUGAACAGAUCGGUCAUAGCUUGUGGUUUCUCAGUGUACGAGGAAUUGUGGGUCUUCCAAUUCAAGAGAUCGGUAGUCGUGAACGGGACAUAUACAAAGACUGGGUCAGCAUGUGCCAUUUGACCUGCGGCAUCGAUAUAGGCUGACCCAGGAUUCAGACGAAGAGGCAUCUGGUAAUGUUUUAAUUGUUGGGUACCGGUCAGUUGUCGGGUUAGUAUGGGGCUACGUGGAGGGGCGUCAGUUAAAGGUUCCGGUCGAGAGGUAAUAGGGCAUGAGGAUGUGGGAACUUGAUUUUGGGAAAAGUUAGUGAAUAGUAUACUCCGAGCCGAGCUAGAAGAAGCUUGACCGGAAGUUUGAAGUGGCGCCAAAUCAGGAUAUUCAGAUCUAAUGGGGGUUGGUCCUGGUUCCGGAAGGGGAGUUUUAAUACGAGGGGGGGUGGAUUCUGUACUGGAGGAGGAAGCGGAAGUGGAUGGGGCAAUAGGGGAAGGGGUGCAGAGCUUCCUGCAUUCGCGUCACUUCCUCUUAAAGGAAAGUAAGGGGGCGGCAAAGGGAUCUCGGACUCAGGGGGCGUGUCCAAAAUGGGCCUAACACCAGUCCUAGUGGACAAACAAGUCCUGGCCACCAUGAGGCGACAUUGCUCCUCGUGGCAUAUCCGGAUCCAUUUUGGCGAGUCGUUUACGGCCUGCCCCCAACAAUCAAUGUAUGGAAACUGUCCGUAAAGUUCAGGCCUACCUGAACAGCCACGUGUACACGCUGUACCAGGGUUGGAUCCAAACUGCCACGCGGCGGCCAUGCCGCAACCAAAAUAGGCCACUCCCUAGUGCACAAAGUGACCAAACGUACAGGAGACAUUUUAACCCCAAAAUCACAUGUUUUGAAUCCCUUUUUAAAAUUCUUUACCAUACAACCUAAGGGAUCCGAAAUCGUUGACUCUGACGCGCCCAUACUUAUCAAUGGAACGUCGUUGACAACGAAUACUAUGCACGCGUUCUUAUUCAACAGUCACACCCGUUUCCUCUGGCAACAGCACCACGUGGUACAGUUACCGAGUGAAACGUACACAAUAACACAAUAAUCACUCAGGGAAUUCCCGUACACACACAGCUGUUACACCAGUCACUAAAUAAUCAAUAUUAUGCCCUUUGGCGAAACUAUACAGUCACCCACGCUAUAAUUCUCUAUAUAUGAAUUACCCGUCUAUAACACACCCCAGUAACAUCGUCUUUUACUAGUAUCGGUUACAGUACGGUUAGCAUAGGUCAAAGCACAAUUUAAGGUCACAAUACAAUUAUUAGUGGUUACGGUGUUAAACAUGCAAUAGACGACAAUGAUUAGUACUUAUAUACAGUGUCAGUAAAUAUACAGGGUUAUGGUACCGUGCACUAUGAUACAGCAACACACUAUUAACACUCUCGCUAGACGGCUGAGCUCGCGCUAUCUAACAAGAUAUACACUUUACUAACAAUCUUUAACACAUUUACAAUCCCAACUAAACUAUUGGCCAGUACCUUGAAUGGACUACCUAAAACUAUAUACACCCGUUUUGGUUAGCCACACUGCCCAAACACCACAUAUAGCGAACUAGAGGGCGAAAUUUACAAAAUUGCCCUUCUAGUCUAUUUACUCUAUCAAAAGUCUAGUGGGUUCCAAAUUUACACGCCUUCCCACUUAGCCAAGAUAGGUUGAGAGCUAGCGAACCGAAUUUACACAGGCGCCGCUUAGUCUCCCGGUCCCUCCGACCUAGCGAACGUAAUAUACACCCUAGAACGCUAGUCUAGACAAGACACCGGUGUCCGGCUAGGGCUAUUUACACAGGACCCCGCCUGACUAACCAGAUCAAACGGUCUUACUAAAGAGCGUUCGAUCGAGCGGUGCGCCUUCGCUCCUUCCCUCCGACAGAGGGGGCAGAUUCCAUACACAGAUUUAAACCCCUUUUGGGCCUACCGCACAAUCGGUAUACCCCUAGUGGGUCUGCCGUCUAAAACAGCAGUUGUCUUACCUCCUCGUUCCUGAACCUGAGUUCACACUCAUCGACGGGGACACCCCAGCACUUCUUACGUAGAGGCCGAUGAUCUCCUGGACAACAGACCAGUGGCGCCGAGACGAAGGGAGGUCCACGCAGAAGUUCAGGGGUGCAGCCGUAGAGAACGUGGGCAAAGAUAGACCGUCUCACGCCUCUGCCUCUCAGCUACCGUUGAACGAUGAGCUUCCCGGCCAAUGCACCAAAUGAUACCGGAGAAACUGACGGAAGCAAAGCACAGAGGGAUGGACACAGGUUUCUUCAGGAAGGAAGAGAUUCUUUAUUGGAUCACCGAUCGGGACUCAGAGGGACUAAUGUCACCAAAAAAUACAGCAAGUUCUGAGCCCUGAACAAUAGUGCAGGCUCCCUAUAUAGGCACAUAACUCCUCCCAUACUAAGCUCCACCCGCACAUUCUCUUGACCAAUCAUUACAAAUAAGAAUUAACUUCCUGCUUGACCGCAUGGCUUGUCCAGCACAAUGGAGGAGGGGAAUACUACAUCCUGUAUUCUUGCACAUGCUCCGUACACUACUGAUCGUAUCUUGCCUCGUGCAACCAACUGAUCGAUACGUCAGCAUAUGCACGUACACAUGCCACGUGGUAAUCUCGGCCUACUAAAUUUAUUUUUACCGAGAUUCCACCACAAAGCAUUUAGAGACAUGCUGCAUUCAUACCAUGUGAUCUCUCUUGCGCUCUGUCUGAUAUCAAAUAAAUUAAUUUGGUAUCUGUGUCAUCUGUCAGAGGGAAAUAUGUGUGUGUGUGUCUGUGUGUAUAUAUAUAUAUAUUUAACUUAAUUGCCAUUAUUUAAAGAGUCCUAUAUAAAAAAAUAAAACUACUACAAACCAAAAUAAUAUAUAUAUAUUAUUUAUUAUAAAUCAUGGCAAUUAAGCUAAAUGUUAUCUCAAAAACUACUCCUUUUAAGAUGUCUUCCUUGAGCCUUCGCAUCUUUGAUUAGCCAAUCACCUCAUCGAAGACCAUAUGGGGAUGAGAUCCGCAUGCACAGCGGGCAUCACACACUCAUCCAAUCAAAUGCUUCUAAUAGGGAAGCGUUAAAUCCAGUGUUUCCAUAUGAGCUGCAUUUGAUUAUGUUCGGCGUCAGAGGGCAGCACCUCUAGUGGCUGUCAGCAAGAGGUGUGUUUAACCCCUUAAGGACACAUGACAUGUGUGACAUGUAAUGAUUCCCUUUUAUUCCAGAAGUUUGGUUCUUAAGGGGUUAAUCCUACAAUGGAUACAUUUUAGUCUCUAAAACUACAAGGCCACUGCUUGCAAACCACUUCAUUGAGGUGAAGUGGUUUUGGUGACUUUAGUAUUCCUUUAAAGCAGAACUGCAACUUCUCUAGAAUUUACACCAUUUCAUAAAAAAAUUGAAAAUCACCCAAAAAUGUUAAAAAAAUAUUAAAUAAUCGCAUCCCAUAAAAACCGUUUAAGUACGUUAAAGAUAUAGCAGGUGAUAUCACAAUCGAGUUCAGUGCAGGCACAGCCAUGGCACACCAUGCAAACGAGGAGAGCCAAAACAUUGAAACACUAGCUAAAUUCCAAAGCAGUGAACGACAAAAUUUAGAGCAGUGAGUGACAGGGCGAAAAAAAAGCCACAUUUGCUAAAUAUCAGUGAUAGGUAAACACAAUAUCCUGGAAGUUAAAGGUUCCUUUUUAAAGCACAGACCAGUAUUUAUACCUUCUGCACAGAGUAUUGCCUCCAAUAUAACUGCAGUUCUGUAAGUACUUUAGGACAGAGGGGUAAGGAAGGCACAAGGCCAACAAAUCGGUCAUACUCGCCAUUUGGAAAAGAAGGUGGACGGGGCAAAGUUUAUCUGUAUUUGGUGGCACUCGCUACCCUGCCCGUUAAGGGAAACGAAUCCCUAAUAUUCUCGUUAAGUUUGUGAAUACAUUACUUUCUACAAUAUACAACGCUAAAUGCUUUAAUCUGCUCAUGGCAAGUGGCCAAGGAAGACUUAACACAUGAUUCCAGUUACCCAGCAAUGUCACUUGUCUUCUAAAAAAAAAAAAAAGAAGCAAGCCGCAGGAAAUUAGGAUUUAAAUUUACUAGUGACAUUUCGUAAAGAAAUGUAAAACCAUAGCAAAUAAAACCCAUAGGAAAGGCAAUCAAAAAAAGAAUCUUUAGUUUCCAGUCGGUCUUAAAAACUUCAAGUAACAGGCUUCAUAAGACUUGCUUUUUUUGUAGAAUUUGAUUUUCCAUCAUGGGGCUGAUUUUCUCAUCCUCUGUCCUCUUCGUUACGUGUGUAGUAUGCAUCAAUCAGAUGAUUUUAAACUGUUUCAGACUCCUAACCCUUUAAUAGCCAGUGGUAAUGAAUUCAUAUAGCGACUCACCCCUUCGAGCCAGUCAGCUUGUGUAUAGAGACUAAAGACCAAAUGUUACCAGUAGCUCAUACUUGAAUGCUAAAUUAAUGGGUCACGGCAGGUCGGAACACAGCCAUUCUUUUCAUUAAUACAUAACAUAGAAUAUGCUUAAAACUUGUGCGCCAAAACCAUCAUUCCAAAAUACAAAAAAAAUAUAAUCGUAAGUCCUCCAUUCCAUUCUGGCUGUGAAAGGACUCCUGUCAAUCAUUUUACUGCUUUAACUUUUAAUGGCAGUGUACUGGAUUAUUCUAUAUUAAAUACAAUAUGCAAGAAUCAAAAUGGUGGUAUCUAAUCCAAGAAGUUCUGCAGCAUCUGCACAAUUAUAGGAUCACGACCUAUAAGGUUCAUCUGUUGUUGUGAUAGUGGUUAGCUAAUUGCUGCUUCCGAGCACAUGAUUACUGAAACCACUAUUAUAAAACCGUGUAAAGUGUAAUAAACCGUGUUGAAAUGCUAAUUUAUGGUAACAGAUACAGUGUUGUUACUUUGUGUUUAUCCUGCUUCUAUGUUUGUCUUGUGAGGAAGUCGAGCUUCGCAAACAGUUGCGUCAGCACGGGGGAGUCAAAACUGAAAUGUUUGACAAAGGGCAAGCAGACUUCGUAAAUUUAUAGUUCUGUAUGAAUAAAAAAAAAAAAAAAAACCUCUAUCCCUUGUUAGAAGUGAGACUUUGCCAAUAAAACUUUGCCAGAGACUUGAGUAAGUACAGGAAACCGAUAUGCGCAGGAGGAAAAUGCAGUUGAAUUUUGUAUAAAGUCCAAAUAUCCUAACAUUCACCCUCGUCCAUUCCAACAAAGCCAAGAAGCUAGCUUGCAAUAUAUUCUGUACUGUACACAAAGAUUAUUAGCAGCUUACAAGAAGCACCAGAAUCUGGUAUUAUGACCCAUUUUAAAAUAUAACCACAAAUGUGUACUAAAAAAAUGUAUUGAACUUUUUUGCUCUAUAAAAAGGCAAAGUAAUUGCAUUUUAUUUGCAUUUUGAGAUUAUGAGCACCUGAUGUUGUUUAAAAAAAAAAUAAAAAAAAAAUCUCAAAUAAAAUGACUUAUUGCAGCUUCAAGGGUAGACUAGCAGCUCUGUUGAAUGGAGAAUUAAACAGAAAAACGCUGGAAGUGCUUCAUAGUGGGUGCAAAUUAAUAAAUAAUUAGAGAUGUCGCGAACUGUCCACGAACUGUUCGCGAACUGUCCGUCGGCGAACAAUAGCGUGUUCACGUUGGGCGAACAUAUCCGAUUACCGGUCCGCCCCCUAUACGUCAUCAUUGAGUAAACUUUGACCCGGAACCUCACAGUCAGCAGACACUUCCUGGGAGGGAGGGUCUGCUGCUGAUUGGGUGGAAUGUGUCUGCUGGCUGUGAGGUUCCGGGUCAAAGUUUACUCAAUGAUGACGUAUAGGGGGCGGACCGGAAAUCGGAUAUGUUCGCCCAACGCGAACAUGCUAUUGUUCGCCAGCGGACAGUUCGCGAACAGUUCGGCGGACAGUUCGCGACAUCUCUAUAAAUAAUAUGUGUGUUUGCGUUUCAUAUUGGCUGAAUUCCGUGAGUAUUUAACUGGAAAAUGUGUCAAAAUGGAAUUUGCCACAAAAUCAAAGCAAGUAACUAUUUUGUUCACUUUAAUCAAGCACUCCGAUUGAACAAAUAAAUAUACACACACACACACUGAUGUGUACAAAUGAGUUUUACCAUGUCACCAAAUGCUUUAAUUGUUUGCAUGGAUUGGGUUUAGCAGUGCUUAUUGUAUCCCUGCGUUUCCUGGUGUUGUAUAAAACCCGCAUUACUACAAAUACAGCGUCAAAUUACUGUCGCUAAUUGCCUAGUCCAUUCACAUUGUAUUAUGGUUCUCUGUAAAUUAGAUCUGCUGAGCACAGAAAGCUAUUUUCGUCUUUCUUGCAUAAUAACUUAAUGCUGCCCAAAGCUUCCCGUCUCCAUCUGUGAUUUCAUUCCUGUCUUGGAUUGAAAGUCUUCUGUCGAUGUUUCUGGAGAGAAAGUCAAUGCAAUGCAUGCUUUUCAUAAGGGCUUAGAAAUGGUAUUGACUUUUAAUCUGACCUUUAAUGAGCAACUGUAAAUCUCUUUGGGAUUUGGUUUAAAAGUGUAAUAAACUACCUCAAAAAUGUUUGGGUCCAUUGGGUUGUAGACUCGUGCAGGGGGAUCCGUUUGGCACAUCCGCCAGGGCCGAAAUAUUUCUCCUUUUGGGAUGUUUUGGUGGUGAUGCGGUUUUUGUGUGACUGGCUUGAGAAUAAACGUCUCUCACUUUGCCAGUUAUCUGCUAAGAUUACGAUGUUGCUAUGCUUGGUAUCUUUUCGUAGGAUUACAGAUGUUUGGGCUUUCUAUGUGGACAGUUUUUCUUUUCUUUUCUUCAAUUGUAUGAAGCACUAAAUCUAAUUCUCCAGAGAUCUUUUGCUAAUUUUUUCGUCACCAGCGUUUUGAGUGGUUGAGUGUUUUUGCUGUUACGUAGACAGGACCGUGUCGUUAGGUUCUUUUAGGUUGGGUCAAUUUUCGUACAUGAAGCCUCACAACCUGGUUUCAGUUACGACUCUGUCUAGCUAGAUGCGUUAGAUAUCUUUUCUGUUUUUCAAGUAAUGUGCUUUUAACUGCAAUAAAUGCGUUUAGAAAUUAGUCUGUGUAAAUAAGAUACAUUGUUCUUGCUCUAAAUGACAUUUUAGGUGCAAAAAUUGCUAUUAGUAAGUCACCUAAAAUGUCUCAAUACCUCCCCGUCCCUGGCCACACCCAACUCCCUUAAAACUAAAGUGUCCCUUUUUAUUCCAUUUGAAAUAUUGUGGAUAUAUGUUACCCCAUAAUUGUUCAAUAUCUAUUGCAAUGUGCAAAUCCAAACUGUACGGGUUCUACCAUUUCUUUCUGGGAUCCCAGCAGCCAGACAGCUUUGUGCAUUUAAAACAUAUAUAUUGCUUUAUAUUUAUUAAUUUUACCUAAAAUGCAAUAAAAAUGUUAUGUAUUUAUUUAUUUUUUGGUGAGAUGGCCCCUUUCAUAUCCACAAUCCCAAACAUUAAACAUUGUUGCUUGUGUAUAUUAGAGGUAGCAGACCGUCCUGUCGUCCUGACUGCCCUUCACACCCUCGGCUUUGCAUUGGCAGCUGCUUUGAGCAAUAUCACACAGCUGCCAAAUUUUAAUCUCCUCUACAUCAAUCAUUUAUUUUUAUUUAGCUCACUAAUGUGAGCAGAAGAUUUUUGCUUCCACAGGGCUCCAUUUCCCUCAAAGAUUAAGUUCUGGUCAGGAGUUUGUUCUGAAAUGUAUAAAUUGCUGCUUGGGGUACGGCGAUGACAUGGGUCACUUUGGAUGUGAAUCGCACUAUAGACCAUUAGUGGAGUGCAUGCACAGACUGGCGUAGAUUAGGGAUAGACUGAUUUUCGGUUCUGACGAUUAUUAGUGCCGAUAUUCAGCAUUUUAUGGAUUAUCGAUAUCUGCCUUGUAAUUUACUUAUUGUCGAUAAUUUUCUCACCUCUUCCACUCCCAGUCAUGCUUUCUUUUUCACCUGGAAAAUCCAGCCACCAACUAAUAAAAUGCUGUGUUGUGAUUUCACAUCACCCCUUUCUAUGAGUCCCCGCAUGCAAGGCUCAGCAGAAGGCAGGGAUUUGAGACCGUGAAUAAUCUACUGUAAUGUACUGGGCUGGCUGACAGUGAUAGGAGGGUGACUGCUGUCAGAAAUCACACUCCUAUCAGUAAAAGCACUGAGCGUGCUGGGAUCUCAGUGAUUCCAGCCUAUACAGGUUGUCUGACAGUGAUUUGAGUGGGACUGCUGACCGCAAUCAAACUCUUAUCCGUAAAAGCACUUUACAUGAUGGGAUGUCACUGAUCCCAGCAUGUACUGGCUGCCUGAGAGUAAUAGAACUGUGAUUGCUGUCGGGAUGUUCAGUUAAUGGCAAGUUUGUGUAGAAAUUAUGUUACUUUUGUAAAAACUCGUAGAGAGAACAUCCGGACUGAUUAUCGGCAGUCGGCCCAAAAGGCGACUGAUAAUCAGCACCGGCUGUGGAAAAAUGAGACCACUUGAUCCCUAGUAUAGAUUUUUUUUUUUUAAGAGUGCUUCUACCUGAGCCAACGUGGUGUCCAGAAAUGGACGUCAUGAGAGCACCUAGAACUAACCGGUUCACAAAUGAUGCAUGUGGCAUCCCUCAGUUCUGAACCUUCAUAAUUGUUGGGUGCUAUUAUGUCACCUUGAACACCCCAAUGGAGCUGUGUAAGAAAUUUGUCCUGGCAGAGGCUCAUUUCCACGUAGCUGGGAAGGUAGGUGUGUGUUGGGGGUCUUAUUACAGUAAGUGACAUUUGGGGGCAGAGAUCAAUUGACGUGGGGCAGAAAGAGACAGUCUGGUUCUGGGGUAGGUGAGAGUGUCUGACCCAAGCCUCUGCCUCUGUUAAGAGUAAAAACCAGACAGACCGCGAUCAAAGACAGACAGAACAUUUUUCAGCAGUUAAGUGUUCCUAUUUUUGUAGAUCUGUUUUCUUUAACGUAUAAAAUAGUUUAGGAACGUGCCUGAGUGGCUGUGAUUAAUUUAUAUAUUUAUUUAUUUCAACCGAGGGUAUGUACGAAGGCCAGCACGAAAACCGUUUUAACAAGGGACCAUUCAAAGAUCAGAAAAAAAGAAAAAGGAGAUCAGUUUCUAAUCUGUUCUAAACAUUAUUUACGUACAUUUGUACCUAUUUUAAGACCAAAAAAAGUGCAAUUUAAUACCAAAGUCCCUCUAUUCAUUUAAGGGUGACAAUAAAAUGGAAUACAGUUUCCACAAUACAAAGCCUGAUUGUGAUGUGUUCUUUUUAUUAUGAUAAAAUUGUAUUAAUAAAAUCAAACCUUCCCUAAUACAAUCUAAAACACCUUUGUUUGUAUUGUUCAGAAUGACAGAAUAGCAUCAGUGGAAGGGAACUAGUUUUAGACCUCCAGGUGAUCUCUAGCCGUAACAUCAUAACAAUCUGCGUGACACCUAUUACUCAGACUAUAUAAGGAAGCAGACAGAGAUUUCUUUCUACUCUCUAGAGCUUAUGAAAACAUUUAUAAUAGGCAAUGAUCUUGAUAGUUUACAUUUUAUUUACUUUUUUUAAAUGUAUUUCCUUACUUGUUAUAUAGUAGUUAGUCAUGUAUCAAUUUUGUUUUGAUUUCAUGUCUACACCAAGUAUUUACCAAACUUUUUUGUGUGUGUGUCGUGGGCUAUUAACACACAUGUUUGGGUAACGUUCGGGUAACUCCGUGACAGGCAUUUUAGAUGCCUGCUUUAUGACCCUUUUAACUUUGUUAAAGUUUUUAAAAUAAAGGUCAGCCAAACAUCGGUGUGUUGCUUAGAACUAUAGAGUAUUGUCAUUCUGAACUUAAAUUUUUUUUUUUUUUAAAUGGUGAUACUAGGGAAAUAAAGUGAGGCAGCCAAAUGUUGCUCAUAAUGACACUCUUAAAGUAGGACACAUAGGAGUAUGUGAAAAACUAAAAUAAAAUGUAGGCUGUAUUAUUAUUAUUAUUAUAAUAUUUAUAGAGCGCCGUCAAAUUCCGCAGCGCUUUACAAUGGGUGGACGAACAGACAUGUAGUUGUAACCAGACAAGUUGGACACACAGGAACAGAGGGGUUGUAAUAACACAUCCUCAUUCAUAGGAUCAGGACCCCUCAUUUGAUCUAUUUUUCAGACUCCUAUAAAUGUUAACCAUUGAUUACUUACAAGUUAAACAAAAUACGUUGGCACUUGAUGAAAAAAAAAUGUUGUGUCUUCCUGUUCACAUUUAGUACACCCAUUCACACAAACUAUUUACUGUACAGUGUCCCUUUGGCUUGGCUUUCCCCUGACCCCACGAUGUUGAACACCCUAAAUCCGGCACACCCUUCCUAAGUAAGGCAAAUCCAUAUAAAUCUGUGUUUGGGGAAAUAUGAAUCACGCUUUCCCAGUUUCGAUGACCAAUUAUUUUUUUUUCUGCUUUUCUACUAUCUAGACAUCUUAAACUAAGUGAUGUAAUCGCUUGAAAUUUUUAAAUUUUUUUUCUUAAACCGAUAUACUCGUUUAAAGAAACGCUGACAUCCACAAAAAUGGUUUUGGCUUAAUGUAGAAGUUUGAUUCUCUUAUAGCAUUUGUCCUAGUUGUAAGUGUUAGAUUAAAGCAGAACUGGCACAUUUGGGGUUUUGGGAGAAACCAGUGUAUAUAAUAUAACUGAACUUGACCCCUUGGUGUGUUCCACACCUUGAAGAUGCACACUUGUCACGGCACAGCCCCUUUAAGAGACCUGGCUGGGUUUGAACUCACAGCUCCAGCAUCCCAGUCAGGUUCUCUAUCAUGAUAUCCACCAAGUUUUUGUUUGCAUUUCUGCUUCCUGACCACUUUGCCCUGAUUAAGCAGCACUGAUCCACCUGCAGCCCUUUUCCAAUUAGGGUCAGCUGCACCUAAUUAGCAGGUUGUAAAAGCCAGCCCUGCCUGAGACCUAGUAUCUGGUCAUUUUGCCUGUUUGGUGUUUCCUGCCGGAUCUCUGCUUCACUACUGACUGAUUUCCUGGACUCUGACCUCUGCCUGAUUUACCGACUACGUUACUCCACUGCCAGACUUAUGCUUCUCGUCUUACCCUGCUUUUGGAUUUCCCCUUAAUCUGUACUGCACUUCUGUUUUUUGCCUCGUCCCUGUGCCAUCUCCUGCAAAUGGGCUCCAACUCCUGGUAAACUGUUACAUAAGUCCCCUGGUGACUGUUACAACGCUGCACAAGUUGAGUGCGUCUUAUACUUUCCCCACUGCAUUCCUCACCCCAGUAAACUUUUCAAUAGAUUUCAUUGUCAUAAGGGUCAAAAAAAUGGCACUUAUCUUUAAAACAGCAAAUUUUUCACAUUAUUGUAGGAUUGUAACAGUUACAUGUGAUGCUGAACAUAAUUAUUAUUGCUUAUUUUUAUUUCUAAAAUGCCAACGCAUUCUACAGUGCUAUAGAAUAUUUAAACUUCUAAUAAUUGAAGCACUUCUAAAAUAGUCAAAGAGGGGUGCUAUCAAUUUUGAUGUGUGGCAAUGGGUGCAGGGCACCCUUAAGCUCUUUUUAAGACUUCACGAUAUACUCAGAACCGUUUAACUGAGGGGGCGGGGCUGGUCCGCCAAGCAGAGCAGACGCAUGGCACUAUAGCUCCUGCUGUUCUCAGGCAAUUUGGUCCCAAAAACGCAACUUCUGGCACUGAGUCACGACAGGCAACUGCACUAUGAAGUGCUAGUACUGGAGAACAGUCAGCGACCCGAUUCUGGGCCCCUUUUGGGGAGAACACAGAGCUCUAAGACAGAGGCCUAGUCAAGCCUAUCCAGGUGGUGAGUAGGGAGAAAGCGCUAUGGAGAAAGAGGCCCCUCCUCGGGGCUCUUGACGCUCAUUGCGGGCUACUCAUGGAGAAAUCAUUUGAGUAACCUACCUAUCCUGAGAUCCGGCCUAGAGUGCUCCAAUCGACACCGAGGACCUUGAGCGGAGACCAGCUGACUGACAAAGGUGUUCAGGCUGCAAGCUGGUACGAUCCCGUGAAGCUGAGCCACUAUGAAGACCUCACACAUACCCAGCUCCCAAGCGCGGCCGGCUGAUACCACCUGACAAGCCACACCACAGCAUCAUUAUUCGCAGAUGGAGCUGAGAAACACAGAACUGUGACCUGCCAGUGAUGGGAGUUGGCUGCUCUCUGCACAAGGACUGGGGCUGCCUACUCUCUGUCUCCUCAACAACAAUCAGGAUCACGUCCACCUCUCAUCAGCGAGGAGAGUCUCUGUCCGGGGACCCAGGUUUUUUUUACCACGGUGGCAUAAAUUGUCCUUUUUUUGUUUUUGUUUUUUUUAAGCAACACUAACCAUGCCAUCUUGCCUAGAAAACCGGUCUCUCUCACCCAAUCUAUUUUAACUAUGAGUUCAAUUUUAGCCUGCACUUCCAUCUCUCCAGCCUGCCAAUUUAACUAAUAUAGCUAAACAGAUUUGCAAUUAACCUACUCAGGCAAAUAUAACUGUACUGCAUGUAUACAAUCUGUUAGCUCCUGAUGUAGCAUGCUAAUGAUACGUUCAGAUAGUGCAACGAUGUUACCUUAUGUACCAAGCAAGUCUCCGCUAUGUUCAGCUACCAUGUUAAUCCCCAUAGGCUGCAAAAUUAACCAGUUUACUGUGUUACUAAAUAUCGAGACAUCUUCUGUGCAACCAUGAUCCAAUGUUUAACCUCUAACAUGUUUCCUAUCCUGAAUAUAAAAAAAAAUAACUGUGCUAUGUAUUUCAAUGCCAUACCUAUGUUAAUGUAUGUUUCCAUACUUGCUUGCACCAGCUAUCAUGGCAGUGCAAACAUGAUUGUUCACGCUAUGUACAAAUAAAAUAAAGAAUAAUAAAAUAAAAAAAGAGCGUUCCUGAAUAAUAAUUUAUUUUUUUACUAUUUUUCAGUUUAAAGAUACAUUUGCUGUUCUGUUUAAUGUUUAGAAUGAUGAGCAUGGUAUAUUUUACAUGGUGUUUCCAUUAUUAUUAUUAUUAUUAUCAAAUUUAUUUAUUUAUGAUUUCAUAUAUUAUUUUAACACCUAAUAUAAUACAAAGCAAAACUAAUCGUUCAAAGUGGCAUUAUGACAAUCAAUGUAUGCAUAAAUAACAUACAGUCGUGAGCAUGGUUCCCAUGCAUAAUAACUAAGCAUACAGCCACGUCACUUAAACCAACAAUCACUAAGACAAACACUGCGACUAACUUUAACGAACGGUAACGUUUUCUGUUAGUUCUCUAUAAAUGGAUGAAAAUCUAUAUCCCGAGUGAUAAUUGUAAAGUAGCAUAUUUUUUUUCAUCUCCAAUUGAUAAAACCAUUUUAUGAAUAAUGCUUUUGUUGGAAUAAUUACUUGCUUCCAGUGUCGUGAAAUUACUAUUUUUGCUGCCAUUAAGCAAUGGGUAAUCAAAUUAUCAUGUUUAACACCUACCGUACUACAGGGAGUGCAGAAUUAUUAGGCAAGUUGUAUUUUUGAGGAUUAAUUUUAUUAUUGAACAACAACCAUGUUCUCAAUGAACCCAAAAAACUCAUUAAUAUCAAAGCUGAAUAUUUUUGGAAGUAGUUUUUAGUUUGUUUUUAGUUUUAGCUAUGUUAGGGGGAUAUCUGUGUGUGCAGGUGACUAUUACUGUGCAUAAUUAUUAGGCAACUUAACAAAAAACAAAUAUAUACCCAUUUCAAUUAUUUAUUAUUACCAGUGAAACCAAUAUAACAUCUCAACAUUCACAAAUAUACAUUUCUGACAUUCAAAAACAAAACAAAAACAAAUCAGUGACCAAUAUAGCCACCUUUCUUUGCAAGGACACUCAAAAGCCUGCCAUCCAUGGAUUCUGUCAGUGUUUUGAUCUGUUCACCAUCAACAUUGCGUGCAGCAGCAACCACAGCCUCCCAGACACUGUUCAGAGAGGUGUACUGUUUUCCCUCCUUGUAAAUCUCACAUUUGAUGAUGGACCACAGGUUCUCAAUGGGGUUCAGAUCAGGUGAACAAGGAGGCCAUGUCAUUAGAUUUUCUUCUUUUAUACCCUUUCUUGCCAGCCACGCUGUGGAGUACUUGGACGCGUGUGAUGGAGCAUUGUCCUGCAUGAAAAUCAUGUUUUUCUUGAAGGAUGCAGACUUCUUCCUGUACCACUGCUUGAAGAAGGUGUCUUCCAGGAACUGGCAGUAGGACUGGGAGUUGAGCUUGACUCCAUCCUCAACCCGAAAAGGCCCCACAAGCUCAUCUUUGAUGAUACCAGCCCAAACCAGUACUCCACCUCCACCUUGCUGGCGUCUGAGUCGGACUGGAGCUCUCUGCCCUUUACCAAUCCAGCCACGGGCCCAUCCAUCUGGCCCAUCAAGACUCACUCUCAUUUCAUCAGUCCAUAAAACCUUAGAAAAAUCAGUCUUGAGAUAUUUCUUGGCCCAGUCUUGACGUUUCAGCUUGUGUGUCUUGUUCAGUGGUGGUCGUCUUUCAGCCUUUCUUACCUUGGCCAUGUCUCUGAGUAUUGCACACCUUGUGCUUUUGGGCACUCCAGUGAUGUUGCAGCUCUGAAAUAUGGCCAAACUGGUGGCAAGUGGCAUCGUGGCAGCUGCACGCUUGACUUUUCUCAGUUCAUGGGCAGUUAUUUUGCGCCUUGGUUUUUCCACACGCUUCUUGCGACCCUGUUGACUAUUUUGAAUGAAACGCUUGAUUGUUCGAUGAUCACGCUUCAGAAGCUUUGCAAUUUUAAGAGUGCUGCAUCCCUCUGCAAGAUAUCUCACUAUUUUUGACUUUUCUGAGCCUGUCAAGUCCUUCUUUUGACCCAUUUUGCCAAAGGAAAGGAAGUUGCCUAAUAAUUAUGCACACCUGAUAUAGGGUGUUGAUGUCAUUAGACCACACCCCUUCUCAUUACAGAGAUGCACAUCACCUAAUAUGCUUAAUUGGUAGUAGGCUUUCGAGCCUAUACAGCUUGGAGUAAGACAACAUGCAUAAAGAGGAUGAUGUGGUCAAAAUACUCAUUUGCCUAAUAAUUCUGCACUCCCUGUAUUUAUAUUUAACAGAGCAGUUUCGUUUUUUUUAAUAAACGGUCUUCCAAUAAUAUGCUUUACAGUUUUAAAUACGAAGUCCCAAAAUUGAACUAUUCUAGGGCAAUUCCACAGUAUAUGAUACAUGGUUCCCUCCUUAUGUAAACAUCUCCAACAAACUGGAGACUUAGAAGGGUAGAACCUAGAAAGCCUAACUGGCACCAUGUACCACCUGUACAUGACUUUUACUUGUGUCUCUAAGAUGUUAAGACAAUGUAUAUUUCUUUUGAUUUUUAAAAGUGUAGAAUCCCAAGCCCAAUAAUUUAUAGAGGUCGCUAAAUCUUUUUCCCAUUGUUUCAUAGGAGACGAUUUCAAUAUCAAAGUUUUUCAUGUUUAAUCAAUCCAUUGCAUUAGAAAUAGAUCAUUUUUUACUUGUACUAUUGAAUGUUUUCUUAAGUAGAUUGAUUAUAUCAUUAUUUGACUUUAAUAGAUGUUGUUGAGAGAGGUUCAAUUUCUGCUUCAAUUUAUCAAAAGAUAUUUUUUUGUACAUUCCCAUUGUUUAGUCCAACUUCUUAAAUCAAUGUCAGGCAUUACUGUCUCCAAUAUUCUAAUAUUAGGGAACCUUCAUAAAUCUUAUUAUUAAUUUUUAGAUCUUUCUUUAUACCUUGCCAUUCUUUCAAUAUUUGAGAUAUUAUUAAUGAAUCAUUAAUACUUGCCUACCUUCUAUAUCAUUCCACAAUAGAAAAUCUGUGUUAUCAAUGCCUACCCUAAUUGCUUCCAAUUUAUACCACACCUUCAAGUCGUUAACUUGUUAUUUAUGGGCGUGGAUAAUCAUUUUCACCUGAUAGGUGUUUCUGAUUAUCGGAUAUCCUAUACCCUCCUGAUGGUCUUUUUUUGGACAAAAUCCUAGUAUUUAUUCGGGGUCUUUUACCUCUCAAGAUAUAAUUAGUUGGAUUGUAUGAUAUCUAACCAUUGAUUUGGGGUUGCCAGUGGGAUCAUUCGAAAUAAGUAUGCCCACUUGGGGAGGAUAUAUGCUUUGAUAGUAUUAAUUCUCACCAUAAUAUAUCCAUUUCCUUAAUAGCAUGUUGGUAUGUUUAAUGAGUCUUAAAAAAUGUACUUCCAUUAUCACUUUUGCGUCUGCAGUAAUAUCUAUACCCAAAUAUCGUAUGGCUUCUGAUGUCCAAGUAAAAUCAAAAUCCUUUUUAUGUCUUUUAAGGUUAUCGGCGUCAAUAUUUUUAAUUAGAACCAAUGUUUUAUUCAUAUUUAAUUUAUAAUUUGAUACAAUAAUAUAUCUUUUAAAUUCCUGCAUUAAAUAAGGUAGAGAUAUGUGGAUCUGUUACUGAAAUAAAAAUGUCAUCGGCAUAUAGACAUAUCUUUAAUUUCCGGUCUUUUAAUAUCACCCCUUUAAUCUGAGGGUUGCUUUUUAUAUUGAUAGCAAGGGGUUCUAUAGAUAGUGUAUAUGAUAAAGGGCACCCCUGCCUUGUUCCAUUUGAUAUAUUGAACCAAUCCGUACAAAAAUCCUGUCCCACCAAUCUAGCUGAAGGGGAUGAAUAUAACGUACUAAUUUGCAUUAGCUAUCCAGCCUAUUAGACCAAAUCGGGCCAAAACCUUCCUCAAAAAGUCCCAUCCAACUCUGUGGAAGGCCUUCUCUGCAUCCACCUACAGGCUCAGAAGGGGAGCUCCUUCCUGCUGGACCUAGUCCAAUAUGUCUACCAUCUGCCUUGUAUUAUUACAUGACUGUCUUCCAGUUAGAAAACGUAUCUGUUUCCAUUAUAUGCAUAUUAUAUAAGUUGUCAAUUUCAGUGUCAGCGGGAAAACAAUAUCCUCUUACUGUCUGACACUGGAAGGGUUAAAAAAUAAUGCAUUGUUCAUAGAAUAAAAAAACAAAAAAAAAAAACAAACAAACCUGCAAGCUGAUAGUGACCUGGCUGGCAUUUCAUUAGCCCAGUUUCUUUUCCUCUGAGAACGUGUUACUUUCUGUCUAUAUGUUUCUGAUUCCAAUCCAGCUAUUGGAUUGACAAUUAAAAAUUAAUUGACAAUUUACAGUAGAGAAACGGUUUUCAAGGUUCCGUUUAAAAGUAUUGUUUGGAGGAAUAGGUGAAAUAACGCUUCUACCAUCUCACUAGCCCCGCAUCACACAGAGUUUAAUCAGAAAUGCUUUGUUCAACAUUAACCCCUUAAGGACACAUGACAUGUGUGACAUGUCGUGAUUCCCUUUUUAUUCCAGAAGUUUGGUCCUUAAGGGGUUAAAAGAGCCCUCCAAGCAACAUAAAGGACCUGUAGCAGUAAUGGUUUUUGGAGUAGCCUAUUAAUUGUGCCCUGGAAAACCAUAAGCUGUAUCAAUGAGGUCUAACUAACAUGGGUAGAUAAAAAAGCCCCCCCAGGUGUAUAAAUGGAAGCAGUAGGCCAAUGCCCCCGAUUACACAGAUCCCUUUCCUGCUUCUAAUACAAGGUUAAUUCUAUACAGACUAAUGGUGGCAGAGGUUGACAUCUUGUUCCGCUGCCCUGGUCUAAUUACAUGUAGAUAUCAUACAGCGUGGAAGAGAUACCCAUCGGUGGCUCUGGAUAGGGAAAUGUGUGUUUGGGAGACAGUCUGGGAGUGGGGGUGGAGGCAAUCUAUGUCAAGGUGAUGGCUCAAACUGAAACACCUUUCAUCGCACCCAGGCAGUAACCGAUUAUAUUAGUAGCGUGACCCAUGCGUUUUACCGAUUGGUUGUGCUGAGAUAUAAGGCAAUCUUUGAGUCCCACCAUCCUGACAGAUCUUGAUUAGCGCUAUUUUAUCUGUUUUAUUUUACUUGCACUGACAGGAAUAAGUUGACAGUGCAUGAAUCAGCAAUUUUGUUACAGAAAAAAGACGUGUACCAGUGUAGCCGGGAGAAAAACGACUGAUCAAAUUGAGAGAAACUGGUGAGGUGUGAGAGAGAUUUUCCUGGAAUGCAGCUUGUGGACAGAAAAAGAAUCCUUUGUACGAUGCAGUAAAAUCAGGCUAAGGUCGGGCCGGCUCACUAAUCCCAAUGUCUCCGUGUCUCAACGCUCGUUUAAUGUCUGGGAAUAAUACCCAAUGGACCACUGACCACAAACCAGAAUAGUGAAAAUGUUACAUAGCGUUCAAUAAAACUCAGCACUGCCAGUCACAGGUCUAAUAAUCACUAUGAUUGCCCCCUACCCCAAUCCUGGAUUGUAACAUAUUUUAAGGGUUAAAGAAAUAAUUAAACAAUAAAUUGCCUUAAUAUAGCUAUUACAUAAUAGCUAUAUCUGUUUCUAUGCCUUUCCAGAGCAGCAAGGUUUAUGUACUAAGCAGUGAAUUUUCGAGAGAAAAAAACCUAAAUUUUGCAAUCCUGUUUUCUGUUUACCACCAUAAAUAAAUAAAUACAUUACCCCACCCUCCCCAUAUAUACAUACCUUCCAACAUUCGAAAUGAAUAAAGAGGGACACUUCAUUAUAGGGGUGUGAUCUGGGGUGGGGCUGUUCUGAGAAAUUUUAGACAACUUCUAAUAAUGUAUGCAAGUACAAUGUAAUUUAGUGCAAGAACAAUGUGUCUUAUUAACACAGACUGAUUUCGUUUAUUGUAGUUUAAAGACACAUUACUGGGAAUAGUAUUUCUUUUAGAAUUGUGUUAUACAAUCACACACCAACCAUAUGAAGGUCCUAGAAAAGAGGGACAUUAGGAUAGAAAAGAGGGAAAGAUGGAUUUGGGCCCAAAAUAGGGACUGUGCCUCCUAAAUAGGGACUCAUGGAAGGUAUGAUAUUGUAUCACGUAAAAUAUUUCCUCCCAAGGACCAAAAAAAUGACAAAUAUUACAAUAAAAAAAUUCUGGAAACACAAAGCGAACGUUAGGACAUAGUUAUAUAGAAUUCACGGUGAUUAAAAUGAUUUUGUAUACACCUUAAUGUCACAAAAUGUGUUUGAAGUAUUUUAGCAGUGGGAAAACUUGCAGAGUCUGCUUCCGAUUGCAAAGGUUAUUCUAGUGAUGCCAACAUCCUUUUUCUUUUGUUGAUGUUAGGAAGUGCUCAUACACAACUGUUCAGAAAACCUGAAUCUUCUUUUGUCUUCAGAUAAUUCAGAAAGUGAGUUUCAGUACCUGCUGUAAGUUGGCCGGUGAGUAACCAAUUAUAAUGGCUGUUUUUUGGUUUGUGUAUUUUUCAGAGAUUUGAAGCUGGACAACGUAUUGUUGGAUCAUGAAGGGCAUUGCAAGCUUGCGGACUUUGGGAUGUGUAAAGAGGGGAUUCGUGAAGGAUGCACAACAUCAACCUUUUGUGGGACACCUGAUUACAUUGCGCCAGAGGUAUGUUAAAAGAGCCCUAUGUCGAGGUAUGGAUUUUUGCGGAAUGAGUAUGACUGGGGCAAAAUAUAAUAUUUGUUUUAUAUUUUAUUGGUAACUUUUCUAGUAGAAGCAUGUUUUAACUACUUAAAGUUUAAAUGUACUGGCGAUUGGGGAAAAAAAUGUGCUUCUAGACUCCGGUUACCUUUAAACCAUGGUAUUAUAUCCAACUCGGUUUUGGAAAACCAUAAAGGAACCAUUUCUUCUGAUUGACUUGGUUAUAGUGCCUGGAGUCCCCUGGUUCAGUCCCUCCAUUCAGUGUUUAACCAUUUUUAUACAGUCUGACUCUAAACAAGGGUCUCUGACUUCCCACAACCUGGACCCCACUGGAGGUGUGGGUAGGCAGAGAUUACACACUUUUUUUUUUUUUUAGCCAUACUGAACCAUACCAGCAAUGGACAAUGUGAUAGGCUGAAAGCGUGAGCUGAAACUCUCAGCCAGUUACAGUUGCCCAUUGCUGCUCAGGCUAAUGCUUCCUCAUUUGGCCAAGCAGCACAAAGGGGGGGGGAGGGGUAACAGAAUAUUCUCCUUAAGCCUACAGUCCCUUUAAGCUUAAUUCGCUGUAAUUUAUUAACAAAACUUUUUAAUGGCAGAUGCUGUAGACAGGGCUGCAACAGAAAUCUUGGAGCCCCUUAAAAAGUAAACGUCUGGGUCCCUAAGCUGUGUCACGCAUACAGACAACCACACUCUUCCAUCAUUCUCCAGCACUGCCACCUGUGAGGGAGCUUUGUAGGCUCCCAUCUAAUAAUGGGUGCACUCUGAUGCCGCUGGCUAACACUAUCUGGUUAGGGGAGCUAGAUACCAAAAAUCACUUUAGGCUCCAUGGAGGCCCCUAUGAUGGAACGGGCCCAUUAACAUGGUACUGCCUGCACCCCCUGAUGGCAGCCCUGGCUGUUGGUAACAUUAACGUAACACUUCUUUCUACAGGCUAGGAUGUCCAGUGUAACCUCAGUUGUUUGUUUCUUUGUAGAUUCUGCAGGAGAUGCAGUAUGGGCCUCUUGUGGACUGGUGGGCAAUGGGUGUUCUCCUGUUUGAGAUGCUUUCUGGCCAUGCACCAUUUGAAGCAGAAAACGAGGAUGACCUUUUUGAGGCUAUCUUAAAUGAUGAAGUUAACUAUCCAGCUUGGCUUUCACAAGAUGCUGUCGGGAUCCUGCAAGCUGUAAGUUCUAAAUUAUUAAAUUAUUAUGUCUGCACCUUCCUAGACAGGUAAUGUAGGACAUCUGCAAGCAUUCCUCCAGAUACAGGAUAACAACCCUUUGCAUCAUUGCUAUGCCAAUUACUGGAAAUAUUACUUCAGAAAACACAUAAUGGACCAAGUAAAAGCAGAUGUGCUAUACCAAAAUGUAUAAGCAGUGAUUCAUUGUUCUUCAAUUUGCCAUUUAUGCUAUCAUUGUAAAAAAAAAAGUGAAUACUUGACAUCAAUAUUUUACUUAUUAAAACAAAGUGCAUCUACUUACAUUGUGCUCAAAGCUCCAUUUGAUAAGAGGUUUACAACACACACAUACGCCGACAGUUGACAUGUUUUAUAUAGUGAAUUAUGUGGACAAUAUUUCUGCAUGUUAAUAAUAGACUGGCCUGUCUUUGGCGCAAAGCCACUAGCGCCAUGCUGAUAAGACCCACAGGGUUGGAGCUAUACACUCCAUGACUGAUUUCUGGUCACUGGCCCCACCCUAUGGUUUUUUUAAAAAGAUGCCUACACAGCGUUUCAGAUAAAAGCAAAUACACUGUUAUUUAUUUUGGUUUCAUCUAGUAACUUAUUUUUUUAUUAUUAUUAUUUUAGUUUGUUGUUACUUCUAGUAAAGCCUAUAAAUAACUAUCCAAUCGAGGAAUCCUGAGUAUUACUCACAACAAGGGUAGUUAGAUACGCUUACACAUACAAUGAAGACUGAGAAGAAUAGGCUCUAGUACACGUGAGUGUGAUCUUUGUUUACUUAAACAGAUGGUGUGGACUACAUUUCCCUGGAUGUUUUGCCAGUAUUACGCCUGUAAGACCAUACGGGAGAUGUAGUUCACAACUUCUGGAGUGCCGAAGGUCGCCCACCUCUUCACUACACCAAAUGUUUUUGUCUUCUGCUCCCAUAUAUUGCUGCUAUAUAAGAAAGAAAAGCUCCAUUGGACAAAAGAGUCAAUAUCCAGGCUCUACUGUAUGUGAGGAGUCAUUUUGGAAGAUAUUGCGUAUAAAACUUUUUCUUUUUAUUAGAUUGUCUGCACUUUUCUGUUUUAUUUUGUUUUGAGGUUUAUUACCUAUAGUUAAAGGACCACUAUAGUUGCAGGAAAACAUACUCGUUUUCCUGGCACUAUAGUGCCCUGAGUGUGUCCCCACCCUCAGGGACCCCCUCCCGCCCGACUCUGGGGAGAGGAAAGGGUUAAAACUUACCUUUUUUCCAGCGCCGGGCGGGGAGCUCUCCACCUCCGAUCUUCCUCCUCUCCUCCCUUUCGGCUGAAUCGGCACGCGCGGAUAGAGCUGCGCGCGCAUUCAGCCGGUCUCAUAGGAAAGCAUUUACAAUGCUUUCCUAUGGACGAUUGCGUCUUCUCACUGUGAUUUUCACAGUGAGAAUCACGCAAGCGCCUCUAGCGGCUGUCAAUGAGACAGCCACUAGAGGCUUUCUCUGAAACUGCUAUGUUUAUAAAAAAAGGGUUAACCCUAGCUGGACCUGGCACCCAGACCACUUCAUUAAGCUGAAGUGGUCUGGGUGCCUAGAGUGGUCUUUUAAGUAUAGUGUGUGACUUGGGUUUUCACACUGAUAAAUUGAGACACUUCUACACUAUUCAUAUUACUUCUGGUUAUAUGCACUUGUUUUUGCACUUUAAAAACUUUGGAAAUGAGACAACCUUUGCGGAAUUCACACAUACACUUUAUUGCCAGAAUACACCAUAUUGCUGCUAAUUAAAUGUCACUGUACUGCACUUUAUUUGUGAAAAUAAGAUAUUCCACUAAAUUUUAAUACACCCAUUUUCUCUAUCUCUCUCACGCUCUGUCUAAUUGCACUUAUACCGAUUGUGAUAAAAAGGCCAAUAUUUUGUAUUUUUAACCAAAUAGGCAAAUUAUUGUGUUUUAACACAUUUGUUUAUAUAUAGUGCAAGUUAAUAUUUUAGUUGUUUUAAAAUAUUUUUUAUGGUUUUACUUUUAAACGCUCCACUUUUAAAGAUAUAUAUGAAAUGUCUAUAAUUUACAAAACACAACUUGCACCCUGGAAUACCGUUAAUGUUGCUGCACAUGUAAAGGGAAACUACAUUCACCCACUGUGUUUAUAGCUGCCAUUCAGUGGCAGACAUGGUUAGUAAUAAUGCAAAUAGACUUUGUCACUUGUGUUUGGAAUACACAAUACAGUAUAAUUACUGUAGGGCAAUGUGUGCACCAUACACAGAGUUUGAGCUGAACUUUGCUCCUGUUCCUGGUUUCAAAGUGUUUUUUCCAUAACGAGUGCUUUGUGCCAAACUAGAACUCACAUUUUAACAGAUGAAGCUUUGUAACUCCAACUGAGGGUGCGGGUAAAGCAUUAUCACAUUGUUAGUUCUUAUAUAAACAUGUUUGCAUUACUAACCACAUAAAUUAGUGUUUUUAAAGCCCAGUCACAUGACUAACCUGUAUUCACAAGAGCUAAUCUUUUGGGGUGUGCUAGGUACAUUGUUACUUUUUUUAGAGGUUUAUUCACUAAACAAUGGGUUAUGAUUGAGGUAACAGCUGAUUUAUUUUUUUAAACAAAUUUUUGAUAGAUUUAUUUUUCAAACUUGGCUUAUUUUUAGACUAAAUCUAGUCCAAAAUAGCUGCGUGGGGAAACACUACAUUUUGCAAGCUGUUUGUCAGCUCCCAUCACCGUUUAGAGAAUAAUCCCCUAUUCACUGUUCAUUGUGUGCAGCUCAGGUUUAUUAUGUGAAUUGGAUUUGUGCCGGUUACAUCUAGAUGAGUUAAUUGCAUUAUACGAGACAAAGACGGCUUCUACCUACACACCCAAAUAAUUGAUAUAGCCGUGUCAUAGGUGCCUCGGGUAAAUCCUUCUCUCAUCAUUCUGCAAUUCCUGGGAAGCAUUCUGAUCUUAUGCCAUUGAAUCUUUAAGACUGAUAUUAACGUUCACGUCGGGCAUUUCUCUGGCACCUCAAUAGCGAAGACCAAUAAAGUUAUGCAUGAAAAAAAAAGGUUACAUUUCAAAAGAAUAAAAAUUGUGUUGGAUUAUUGGAAUUGUGGGAUAUGAUUUUUGUUUUUCUUUGUUUCUGAAAUAUUUAUUUUUCUGUUUUUCAUAUUUUAAUUUGUAUUUAUUUAUAUAUUUUUGUCACAUGAAAAGGAAAUUCUGAGUAAUUUCUCACCACGCCUUGGGAGCCCUCUCUGCUGUGUAUGUUAGAUUUCAUCCUGUUGCUUAGUCUCGGUGAUUUCCUGUGGGAGAAAUAUUGCUGUUUCACAGUCUAAUUUUGGAAUUCUUGGACAGUAAACGCAUUUUGCUGGUUUAACACCGUGACAAAGUGACAUCGUAACUUGCAUCAUCUUCAGGUUAUCAAAGUUCCUGCUUCCAAUUUAGAGAGCAGACGCUGCAGGCUUUUAUAGGAUCACAUAAAAGCAGGAUUAAGUGGAUUUUGAGAUUUUCAUUGGGCCCCGUGUAACAAUCUGGGUUCGAAAUCGCUCCUUAUAUCAGAUGAUGUGGGUAAAAAUGUACCAGUUAUUGAAUUGCCUCCUUGGACAGACAAUAUGGCUGUUAAAAAAAAAAAAUAGCAUUCAACAGUUGUCGUACCUUUAGGAAAAUAAGUGUUAAAGAAACGUAGAGAAACCCUGGAUCCUGCACUAGGUUAUACAUUUCCAGAUAUGUUGGCCUCUUUUUAAAAAAUGUUUUUUUUUUUUAAAGAAUUUCAUCCCGCAUGGUUGGUCAAAUGCCCCAAAUUUUCCAUGACUGUCCCAUAUUUUGGACUGCUGUCCAGGGACAUGUUCAGCAUUCCAUGGGCAGAACUGCCAAUGUAGCCACCCGAGGGCCCUCAGGAAGGUGGCUAGAAAUAUUUUUAUUUCUGUAUGUGACAGUCUGUCACUGUGUGUGUGUAUCUGUUUCUCAGUAUGUAUUUGUAUGUGUCAGUGUGUGUGUAUCUCUCACAGUCUGGGUUCUUUGCAUAAUUUGCAAAGACCCCCCCAACGGUGACAACAACCACUGGCAAUGCAGUGGCCAUAGGGUGCAGGAGAAUAUGUUAAACUUGCCUGAACCUAUCACUCGCCAUGGCCUUCCUGCUGGUCCUCUUCAGUUCCUGGUGCUUCAUCUGCCAGGAGGCAAUGUCAGCAUUGUACUCUCGCGAAUGGGCAAGAGUUCAACACUGAGGUCUACGGAGGAUCCUGGGAGACAGUAAGAUCUUCAAUAGACCGAGCCUUUCUCCCCUUAGCCAUCACUAGUGAUGGUGAAGAGCUUGUCAAGGCUUGACAAAAUGUAGGUUUUUUUUCAAGCUUUCUCAAGUUUCUCAAGCUUCAAACUGGGUUUUUUUGCCUUCUUUUGGAUCAACAGCAAAAAAUAAAUGUGAGGAAGGCUGAACUUGAUGGACGCAAGUCUCUUUUCAGCUAUGUAACUAUGUAAGUUUAGGAAAAAUACUAGUCCCUACUUUGUCUCAGUAUAUCCUUUGUUUGGGUUGUAAUUUCACCGUCAAUAAGUAUAUGAAGAUUUUAUCUUUAUGAACUAAUCAUUUUGGAUAGGAGGGGGAACGAGAGUGAGCCUCUUUAAGUGUAUCUGUUUGUUUGUGUUUGCCUGUGUGUGCACAUCUGUACGUGUACAUGCGCCAAAUUGUCCCUAGAAAUGUUUUUCAAAUGUUGGCAACUGUGAUAUGUAGUAAUCGGGUUAAAUAAAAGGUUAAAUAGUGUGGGUUGGUAUGACUUGAGAUAGGAAUGACCAUUACAAGGCACAUCUGCCCAUUUGUAAGCAUUUUUGCAACACACUUUUCUAGGCAUCCUACACACAGCACAUGCGUAUGCAGAAACGCACAUUUCCUCCUACCAUUUCUGACCUCACUUUCAUACUUUCUAGUUUUGGGUGGUAAUUUAUGCCCAAGUUCUAGCUCCCUCUGCAGAAAUAUAUUUGAUGUAAAUUAAUGCUGUGUACAGUAUUUACUACCUAAAAACCAUAGCUAUGUAAAGUGCCGACUUAACCAACACCAUAAACCAUUUCACAUCAAUGAUCCUCUGGUUGGAGUUUAAUUACAAGCAAACGCAAGCUAAACAAACAAAAAAUAAUUAAUUUUUACAACCAUUUGAGAACACCUCUGAUCACCCGCUAACACCACUGGACCACUGUCAGCACAGGUUUCCAGAUAUGGUUGUGUGACACCAUAAUACGUUUCUGAACUUUUAAAUAUACAUGGUGGCAGAUCAUGACGGCUCUAUCAGGGAAGAAACCAAAACGAUAAACAUUUUUUAUUUUUUAUUAAAUUUUCUUAAAGCGGCACUGUCAUGUUGAACUUACCUUUCCUCAAUCUCUUCCUUUUCUCCCUCUCUCUCAGGAUCUGUUCUUCUUUUCUUCCUGUCUUCUUUAGUUUUCUUUAAAAUCAUUAGACAAAGUAGGGACUCUUUGCCUUAUGGAGGUUUGCUCAGCUUGACCAGCUUUGACCAGCGGAGGAGCAAAGUGUGCUUCAUUUCUGCCGGUUAGAGCAAUUUUCCCAUAAUUCUUACCUUUCCUCUGUUAUCUUGCGAUGCUUCUUGUCAUUUUAGACGAAACUGCUGAAUUGCGUUCUAACUGAAUGAGAACAGUAUGUUUGUUUGUUUUAGAACUCAAUUCGGCACUUUGUUCGUAUUGGAAUUUCAUUCGAAUGAAUGAAACUCCGAUUCAAUUUGUGCCGCGGCUGCAUCUUGCAGCCGCUUAGUAGAUAACUCCCUAAUUCCCACGGUAAUAGGGAGUUAUCUUUCAAAAGGCUGAAAGACCUAAAUUUGUCUUUCAGCCACAUUUACUAAUACUAAGUAAAGAUUACUUAAUAUUAGUAAAUGAUCUGCCCCUACUCGCUAUACCUCGAGUAGCGGCAUGUUUAGUAAACAGUGAGCAGCCUAUGGCUGCUCACUGUAAAAACCCCCCCCCAAAAAACCUAUUGGCCCCACCCCUGAGCGGUGGGUGGGGGCCAUAAUGGACAAUCGGGGGGGGACCUACUGUCUUCCCCCCCGGCCCUCACCCUUGAGCGGUGGGUGGGGGCCAUAAAGAUAAUGAGGGUGGGAGACCUACUGUCCUCCCCCCACCGGCCACCACCCCUGCGCGAUGGGUGGGAGCCAUAAAUUACAAUGGGGGGGAAACCUACUGUCCCCCCCGGCCCCCACCCAUGCGCGGUUAGUUAUAUUAUUCCCCCCUCACUAUUUUUUAGGGUGAGGGGAGUAGGUAGGCGGUAACAUUUUUUUUGGGGUGGGGGGGUGGGUGACUAGGGGCUUGGGGACCCCUAGUCACCAUUGAUGGGGGGAUUUGUCUUAGGGCCACUCAAGGGUGGGGGCCGGGGGGGAGAACAGUAGGUCCCCCCAUUGUAAUUUAUGGCCCCCACCCACCGCGCAGGGGUGGGGGCUGGGGGGGAGGAGGACAGUAGGUCCCCCCCAUUGUAAUUUAUGGCCCCCCACCCACCCACCACUUAAGGGUGGGGGCCGGGGGGGAGGACAGUAGGUCCACCCCAUUGUAAUUUAUGGCCCCCACUGCUCCCUGCCGCUUCUAUCUUUACAUAUUACAAGGAGGGAGCUGCGCGCCGGUAGCUCCCUCCUUGUAAUAAACUGAAUGAACAAACGAACACUGAUAUUCAGUGUUUGUUUGUUCGUCUGACAAUGCUAUUCAUUCAUUCGUCUUUCUGACGAAUGAAUGAAUAGAUGAAAUUCCCGUUCGCAUGUCCAAGUGUUUAACUGGGCAUGUGCGGGAAUCUCAGUGCUAUCUAGUGUGGGCAGAUGACGUGUCCCACAUGGACUUCCUCUACCCACACAAAGAUGGCGGCGCCCUGAAUAUAGAUUGGGGCAGAAAAUAAAGAUUAAAAAUAGGUAAUAUGGGGGGCUUAGGGGCAUUUGGAGGUAACUAGGGGGUCAGUUAGAUGUAGUAGUGGAGUCGGGAGGGGGUUUAAAAAACAAAACAAAAAAAAAAGGGAUUCGGCCAUGACAGUGCCGCUUUAAAUUUUGAUACUAAAACAUUUUACUAUCACUUUGAAUCGCUCCAUUCUUAGCAGUGCGCAACCAUCUAUCCCUUUAGUAAAUGUAAGGACGAAAGUAACAAAUAUACUCAAUACAAAAAAAGAUAUAUGUAGUAAUUUUAUCAUGGUGACAUGGCAGUUCUCUUCAACGACACGUUGCAUCGCCCGUCUUUCCAUUGACAAGGGGUUCAUUGUCUUCCAACAGUUUCCCAACCCCUGAACCACUAUUAAAGAUCCUACUUUUCUAACAUUCUUUAAUACUUUAAGCUUUUAGUGAAAUAUUGCAUAUUUUGUUUUGCUUUUGUACCAAUUCUUAGUCCAGUGUUUCUAUUAUUAAAACGGCUGUUUUACCGCAAUGCAAUGUGCGUGAAUUUCUUUGUAAUUUCUUCCCUAGAAAGAUCUUUUUAUUUGGUGGAGAUAGAACGUCAAAUCGAGCUGUAAUUGACCGCAGUAAAUGUUUCUGCAAUGCUGAUUUUUAAGAGUUUUGAGACUGAACACGUGCUUUCUGAUCACUUUAUACGCCCAGAAAAUAUUUUAUUGCUGUGUCAACCCUGGCACGUAGACUGAGAAUAAGGUGCCCAGUCAGAUGAUCUGUUUCAUGUCUGCCCUGAAUAUAGAUUGGGGCAGAAAAUAAAGAUUAAAAAUAGGUAAUAUGGGGGGCUUAGGGGCAUUUGGAGGUAACUAGGGGGUCAGUUAGAUGUAGUAGUGGAGUCGGGAGGGGGUUUAAAAAACAAAACAAAAAAAAAAGGGAUUCGGCCAUGACAGUGCCGCUUUAAAUUUUGAUACUAAAACAUUUUACUAUCACUUUGAAUCGCUCCAUUCUUAGCAGUGCGCAACCAUCUAUCCCUUUAGUAAAUGUAAGGACGAAAGUAACAAAUAUACUCAAUACAAAAAAAGAUAUAUGUAGUAAUUUUAUCAUGGUGACAUGGCAGUUCUCUUCAACGACACGUUGCAUCGCCCGUCUUUCCAUUGACAAGGGGUUCAUUGUCUUCCAACAGUUUCCCAACCCCUGAACCACUAUUAAAGAUCCUACUUUUCUAACAUUCUUUAAUACUUUAAGCUUUUAAUGAAAUAUUGCAUAUUUUGUUUUGCUUUUGUACCAAUUCUUAGUCCAGUGUUUCUAUUAUUAAAACGGCUGUUUUACCGCAAUGCAAUGUGCGUGAAUUUCUUUGUAAUUUCUUCCCUAGAAAGAUCUUUUUAUUUGGUGGAGAUAGAACGUCAAAUCGAGCUGUAAUUGACCGCAGUAAAUGUUUCUGCAAUGCUGAUUUUUAAGAGUUUUGAGACUGAACACGUGCUUUCUGAUCACUUUAUACGCCCAGAAAAUAUUUUAUUGCUGUGUCAACCCUGGCACGUAGACUGAGAAUAAGGUGCCCAGUCAGAUGAUCUGUUUCAUGUCUGCCUGAUGCCAAUAGUGUUUUUCUUGGACAGGCUGCAGUAUCAAAUAUUCCACCUUAAACCGUGAAUACACCCUCUGUUUUAGCUACAGCAGGUGGGGGGAGUAAAAGACAAAUUUACCACUAGUUCCCGAAAAUAAAGAGACUGGGUAUUUAAGGCAAUGGUUUUAUGUAAGGCUUUUAAAAUGUCUUUUAAGAAAGAUAAACGUGCUCAUUAAUAAGUGGCCGGAAUCUGCAUAACUGUUCGGUUUCUCUUGUUUGUUUUAUUCAUGUUGUGUGUUUUGGAUUUUUCUUUUUGUUUGUUUUCCUGCAAAUCCUCAAAUGCUCUCAUAGACAACAGGUAAAUGCUGCUUUCCUUUUGCUCAUUUACAUAUCUCCCAAAAUUUCAAAUGAAUAAUGAGGGACACUUUAAUAUUACGGGUGUGAGAGGGAGUGCGGUCAAGGCCAGGGGCGGGGCUCUUCUGUUAAAUUUCGGGUGAUUAACUAAUAAAUUUAAAUAACUAAAAUGUAAUAUAAAAGAAGAACAAUGUAUCUUAUGUCCACAGAUUGCUUUCUAAACACAUUUAUUGUAGUUUAAAGACACAUUACUGGGAGUAUUAUUGCUGUGGAGCUCUGUUAUACACUCAGACACAUUACUGGGAGUAUUAUUGCUGUGGAGCUCUGUUAUACACUCAGACACAUUACUGGGAGUAUUAUUGCUGUGGAGCUCUGUUAUACACUCAGACACAUUACUGGGAGUAUUAUUGCUGUGGAGCUCUGUUAUACACUCAGACACAUUACUGGGAGUAUUAUUGCUGUGGAGCUCUGUUAUACACUCAGACACAUUACUGGGAGUAUUAUUGCUGUGGAGCUCUGUUAUACACUCAGACACAUUACUGGGAGUAUUAUUGCUGUGGAGCUCUGUUAUACACUCAGACACAUUACUGGGAGUAUUAUUGCUGGGAAGCUCUGUUAUACACUCAGACACACCAACAAUAUGGAGCUGCUAGAAAAGAGGGACAUUAGGAGAAAAAAGAGAGGGAAAUGGGCCCACUAGAAGGACUGUGCCUACUAACUAUCGACACGUGGGAGGAAUGCAUUUGCCAUUUUACAUGUUUAAGAGGAGAAAAUAAAAUGCAUUUCCUGCUGUUCUUUCUAUCCUAUCCCAAGUGUUGCUGACUCUCUCAUCCUCCUCUCUCCCUCUUUAUUUUCGGAUCUUUUCUAUAAUCAGUCCCUUGCACAUGUCUCACGCUUGUUUUUUUUCCCCCCACUGUCAUUCUUCUCAUAUCUCUCAAUCUUUUCACACUAUAUUAAACUUUCUAUAUUUUACUAAAAAAAAAAAAGGGGAAAAAAAAUAAUUCUGUAGAUUUAGUGAUAAAUCCUUGAAUCUGCCGUGUUUCAGACAUUCCUUGGCAAUAAAACGCUGGAUUUCAUUUUCCAGUAAAUGGCUAACUAACAGCAGAGGAUCCAAAAUGCUCAGUAUCAAUGAACAGUCUUCUUCUUUUAUUAAGCAGACCGCAGACCUGUGGAAAAUAGUUUGUCUGCAUCACUUGUUCCCACUGGUGAGAAUCCAGCUUACGUUUUAAGUUAAGGAAAUUCAUAAAAAAAUUUAAAUUGUAUUAUUUCAAUUAUAUAUUUGUCUUCAUCAGGACCUCAUACAUUUUCAUAGAUUCUAACCGGAUCAGUUAGGCAGUGCAGUAAUAAUACGUAGAUUGAGGCUGGGUGUUCACUCUUGUGUCCCACAUCCAGGGACAUCAGAGAUCUGUACUUGGUAGGUGCAGAACAAGCAGAUUAUUAGAAGUGGAUGCAGCAGUUCCACAUUAGCUUGGUGUGUAUUCACACCACAUGACGUACCACUUAAUGGUCUCACAUCCUCCUUCAAGGUUAGAAGGUGCUCAUAUGGAUUUUUUGCAGCUAGUGUUAAGAAAAAUAACUACCGUAUCCCUUGGACCUUUUCCAUUUUCUGUCUAUGGUGGCGUUGGUGACCAUACGUGGCCUGGCUGCUGGCGAUAUGCAGAUACUGUACUUGCACUUGGUCUAAGUGAGCGUAUUUAGCUUCAGUGAUAUUGUCUGUCUGCUGUGUGCUAUGGGGUGUAAAAUUAAAUUGAACUGAAAUUCAGCUGAACUACUUUACCCUCAAUAAUAUAUCAAACACUUCAGAGAAACAUACAAAGUGCUUGGGGAUUUUUCAUACCCAGUAAGUGGGAAAUUGUGUAAACACACACUCAUAGUGUGUCUGCUUUUUAUGUUGCUGAAGGAUGAUAUGUAAUAAAUAGCUGUGUAUGGACAUUACUGAAUGCAUUUAGAUUUAUUUUCUCUUUUUAGUCCACGCAUUACAUUCGCACAUGGGAUCUGUGACCCAUGGGGCAUGAUCACUAAAACGAUCUAAAGAACCAGAUGUUUGACUGCCAGUAAUAACUGUACAGGAGAUUGUGUUGUUUACAGAUUUCUGAAAUAUCUUUCUUUGUAGAUUAAAGGAGCUAAUAAGGUUUUCUGUCUAUGUUUUAGUUCAUGAAGAAAAAGCCAAACAAACGGUUGGGCAGCUUGGCUCUGGGGGGUGAGAAGGCCAUUCUGUGGCACCCGUUUUUUAAGGACAUUAAUUGGGAUAAACUGAACAAGAAGGAGAUUGAGCCACCUUUCAGACCACGAAUUGUAAGUGUGAUUUGUAACCCGUGUAUGUAUGUAUAUUUAUAAGGACUAGGUUAGUACAAGAAAGGGGAACUUAAACUCUAUCCUUCAGGAAAAGAAAGCAAAAUAGAUGUAUGAGUCAUACAGUUUGUGUGAUUAGCUAAUUAACAUUCUGUGUCAUUAAGAAAUAUAAUCGUUUUGCCCUAAUCUUAAUGCUAUUGGCCUCUCUAAUCAGAGGCCAUAACUGGGUCAUAGCACCAGGGGGUGGGGUUACAGUGCCUACAGGAGAGAGAAGCAAGAAGCCAUCUUGAAAGUAAGACAGAGAGAACUCAGCAGGAGCAGCUCCUGGCCUCGGCCAAAUGUAAGUGUAUAGUAUAAUCAUUUUUACUUCCACAAUAGUUCCUGAGCACUGAUUAAAGAACCACUAUAGUGUCAGGAACACAAGCGUGUAUUCCUAACACUAUAGUGUUAAAAUAAUUAUUUAAGUGUCCGGCCCCCCACUGUGCAGUAGAAAGGUGUUUAAACCCACCUUUUUUUUCCCACGCUGCACAAGUCUUGCCGCUGCUGGCCCCACCUCCAUGGAGAGACUAUGAAACGUGAUGAUCUCAGCCAAUCCAAUGCUUUCCCAUAGUAAGGCAUUAGGAGGCUACUGCGCAUGCACGGCAAAACGCUGCACUGCACCAAUCAGCAUCUCCCCUAGAGCUGCAUUGAAUCAAUGCAACUCUAUAGGGAGCAAUCUGCGUAUUGGAGUUAUUGGAUCUACACAGAUCCUUCAUUAGAAAUCCUAAAAAAAAAAAAGAAAUUGUCUGGAUUGUCUGAUCUGCUGUUGUCAUCUACUCCCUAGUCUUUGCAGAUUUCACAGCAGGAAGAAAUUAAUGCUGUGAUCGGCAAGCCAAGUACUUCUUCUUUUCAUUUAUUUAUUUAUGUUUUGUUUUUCAUUAAUGUAUACAUAUAUAGAUACAUUCUUUCCUUUUCCCCCCCAGAAAUCUCGAGAAGACGUCAGCAACUUUGAUCCAGAGUUUGUUAAAGAAGACGCAGUAUUAACCCCUAUUGAUGAGCGAUUGCUCCCAAUGAUUAAUCAGGAUGAAUUCAGACACUUUUCGUACACGGCUCCUGAUCACCAGAGCUUUUCACAAGAUGGGAACGCCAGGACGCAGCAGUAGACGUUACUCUCUGGGGAUUUCUUAUUUAUUCCUGACACAGUGACAGCCAAAGACACAAGGAAGAAGGACUCAGACAAUGUCAUGUUGACAACGUGCGUCCCUGUGGAUAGAAAAUUAAUUAUUUAUAAUGCUGGUUCUCUAUCAGCGUGUCUUGAGAAUAAGCAUCGGACGAUGAUAGCGGAAUAAAUGUCUCUGCAUGAGACACAUUGACUCUUGUGAAGAGGAAAGUAUCCACAGGUUGCCUGUCUGGACAUAUUGCUGAUCUAUCCUUACGGAUGAAAUUAAUACAGAUCAGUGGAGAAGGGUUGUAUUUUCAUGGUUGGGUGUAUUAAUGCAGCAUUUUAGUAAAUCAGUUCAGUCUGAAUAGGUAAGUCACUUGUUCAUGGUGGCCCAUUCAGGACAGUGCAAGAUGUUGAGUGGCAGGAUCUCCUAGACAUUGUAGCAACAUUAUCAGAUGUUCAGCCAUCCCCUAUUGAAUAAGAGGAGAAGAACAGCAAGGCCAAGUUACAGGUCCAUCUAACGAAGUAGUGCAGAAAUCUAGAACAUUUAUUAUUUGUUCUCCAAGUAAUGUACAUUUAUCUUCUCCCUGAAAUGAGCAGUCCCCUGUUUAUUUUGAACUCCACAUUGUUUUACCAUUCAUUACCUAGUUUAGUAAAUUUACCAUAGACACCAUUUCCCUGGAAACAUGGAGUUUGCUCAUGUGCCAUUGGAGCAUAGACAUCCCUCUACUGUAUCGAUCCUGACCGAAGCAGGAUUGGCUAAUUUUCAGGUAAACAGAAUAUCACAAAUCAUUUGCAUUUAAAUGUAUAGCUCAAAAUAUAACAAGGCAUUGGAAAUGCACUCAAGCAUGAUUGUAGUGGUUUAUUUUACUUUGAGGCUGCAUGAUGAUUACACAAUAGAUUUAGUUUUAAAUAAUUUAGAUCUCUUGAUUUCAUUUUCUACAUUAGUUAUAGUGGUGGGUGGGUCUGGGUGCAAUGUCCAUGUCCCUUUAAUCCUGCAAUGUAAAACAUUGCCGUUUUAUAGAAACGGCACUGUUUACAUUGCUGGGUUAAGACUGUGUAAUGACACUGGACAUCCUCACGCCUUGCAUGAGGACGUCCAGCAUCUUUAAAUCCCCCAUGCUUUCCCAUGGUAAAGGCCUAAUGUGCGCAUGCACAAUGUGACCCCUCAUUGACUGAUGUGGGAGAAGGAAGAGCCCAUCCCAGCACUGAAAGACAACUACUCUAGAAUGGGGCAAGUGUAAAAAGGUCUUUUAACCCUUUAUUUGCCGUCCAGGGGUGUGUGGGCAGAAGGACACUAUAGUGUUAGGAAUACAGCUUUCUUUUAAAGAAACGAAAGAUUAGUUUGUGAGAAAGUAACCCAUAGUUCCAAUAGUAUAAGCAAUAUUCUGUAUAUGUCAAAUAUACUUCUCCCUUCAUCCUUUGCUGUCAGAUGCGAUUUCAUCAUUUCAAAAUACACUUCUCCUCCUCUGGAAACCGUUUCUGGAUAGAGUUAAAUUUGGGUGAGUAGAAAAGUCUAGACUAGAUCUGGGAUAGGCAACCUGUGGCAUCGUUUGUGGCAAGCAAAACUGCCUGAUCUAGAUCUGAAGAUCUCUACCGGUGUUGGCCUGAUAUCUGCAAUGGGCAGUGAGGGCCAGCCCUUAAUUAAUUUAUUGGUAGAAGGUGGUGGUCUCAGAUCACAUACUCCCAGUGUUUGAAAAGGAGAAAUGGUGCAUGAGGAGAGCAGCCUGCCAAAGCUCUCACCUGUGCCUGCAUGGUUAGAAUAGGUCCCCAGGGAACCCACCCUCCUGGUGCUAAAUGGUAGGCAAAUGCAGGGUGCCUACGGUGGUGUGUGUGCAGCAGUAUGUGUGAUUGUAUCUAGCAGUGUGAUUGUGUGCGAUUGGGUUUGUGUCAUGGAAAACACAACAGAAAUAUUGUGUACUUGAGUUUUAGAAAAAUCAAGACUUUUACACCUUAGCUGUUUGAGCCUAAAAUGUUCCAUUUUCAUAUCAGUUCUGCACAAUCACAGUCUUGGUAAGAAAACAAAAAGGCUUUUCAACACGACAAAACUUGGGAAAUGUCUUUCUGUUGAUCCACACUCUGACCAACAACAGAACCAGCACAAUGUACAGUUUGCUUUGAAAUUCUGUUUAUUUAUUUUACCUUUCUUUUAUGCUUUUUAAACUUGCUGUAACAUAUUUUGUAGUUACAGUUUGACAAAGUUUAGAGACCGCUGAUGUAAAAAAAAUGACCAGCUGUUUAAAUAUUAUAGAUUAUGAACUGUUACCAGAGAAGCUAAAAUGUCAGUGGGAAUGAAUGCAUUAUUUUUGUCUGCUGUGUAAGGAUUCCAUGCAAAUUUGGGUUUUCCCACUAUAUAUUCUUCAAUAUGAAAUAUAAAAAAAAACACAAAAAAACACUCUUGUUUUGCUUUUUAUUUAUACUUCUGUUUUCUAUUCCCCAACAUGGUUUUGUCUAAAAUACAAUCUAGAAAAUAAUUCUCCAUUACAAUCUUGUUUCUAUGCAUGAUGCUAAAUGCCUAAACGUAUUUUUUACAGAACAUAAAAAAAGAAGAAAAAAAUUUAAAAAAUAAACAUUUG